CAGCGCGUGCUGUGUGAGCGCCGUAGGAGGUAAGGCAGACGAGCCACGCACUCGCAUCACCGAGGAGGAGGGAGGGAGGGAGGGAGGGAGGCGCGGUGGCAUCGCCUGCAGGAAUUCAGUUGUAAAGUCCAAACACGAGGCAAAAAUGCGCUGAGCGGAGAAGUGUGUGGAGCUUUCUGUCGUCAACCAAAGAUCAGGCUACCUAUCGGCACUGACACACCUGAGGGAGCGAAAGAAGCCUGCACAGACGCUCCGGACAAGUUGUGCUUGCUGAGGAAAUCCAGCUGGAGAUGAAUACCAACGAUGCAAAGGAGUAUCUCGCGCGGCGGGAGAUACCUCAACUGUUUGAGGUGAGAGAUGCGCCCAGUGGGGGUUACAGAGGUGAUGGAGGAGAUUUCACAGCGUGUUUUUUACUCAGAAAUCCAUCGAUGAAAAUGUCCGUUUGCUGAUCGGCAGAGGUUUCUCUAAUAUUUACUGGAGGCUUGUUGUGUCUGAAAUCAUCAACAUACAGUGUGUUUAAAUGUGAGGGGAGGCACUGGUGAAUGAUUACAGAGUCUGCUGUUUAAACAGUAACCUCAGUCAAAGAGUAGACAAAUAAGACUGUCUUCAUCAUCCUCGUCUGAAUAACUUGGUGGACUAAAGGGAGACCAACAUCAUAUCAGCCAAUCCUUCCUCUCAGAGAGGAAAAUGCAGUACAAACAUGACAGUUAGACCAAUCUUUAUCAGCCUUAGGUUCAUCUUAUCUUAUCUUUAUCUUAGACUGAAAGGAAAGACUCUGCUGUCUUUUUGUCAUCAGUUUGUUUGUAUUUGUAAUUAGCUCAUUGUCUGCUGCCUUUUUCUGUCACCCCUCAGUCUUUUUUCCUUAUUUUACUGUAAUUUUGUUUGUUAAAAUUGUUGAUUUGUGUCUCUUUUAAACAAACACUGUGUCAUUGAAAUAUAUUUGUUUUUUUCAGGUCAGUUUGUGUCUUUUUUGUUUGUAUUUGUUUUGUUUGCAGGGCUGGUUUCUUGUGGAAGUCAUUUCUGACAUUUCAGGAAUGAUUGUUGUGCUUUUGUUGUCAACUUAUGUCUCUUUGUAGUGCAUGUGUUUCUUUUUGUAGUAUAUCUUUGUCUCUUUGUUGUACUUUUGUUUUAUUUCGUUACAUAUCCUGGGGUCGUUGUAGUACUUUUGUUUCAUUUUGUUACAUAUCCUGGGGUCAUUGUAGUACUUUUGUUUCAUUUUGUUACAUAUCCUGGGGUCGUUGUAGUACUUUUGUUUCAUUUUGUUACAUAUCUUGGUCUCUUUGUACUACAUUUAUCCAUUUUACAGUAUAUUUUUGGUGUCUUUGUAGUAUAUUUGUUUCUUUCUUGUUUUAAAUCGUUUAUUUUAGUAGCAGAUUUCUGCCCUUUGAUUCAACUUUUGUUCCUUUGAAGUUAAAUAGUCUCUUUUUGAAACCUUUCCACCUCUUUGUACUGCAUUUGUUUCUCUUUGUUGUAGUUGAAUUUCUUUUCAUGGCAGAUUUAUGUAUCGAGUGUUCAACUUUGUUAUUUUAGAAGUAGUUAAAUGUUUCCUUUGACUUUUUCUCUUAGAGUUAACUUGUUUCUUUUUGUCGUUUGCCUUUUCAUUUGAAGUGGAUUUGUGUCAAUUUGAAGUAAACAUCCAAUUAUGAAGUCUGUACAGAUAUACUGUAUAAUUAAAGUCAAGCCACAAUUUAUUCUCAAUUUAGUCGUAUUGGCAGGACUGAGAGAAGUAUAAUAAUAAAGUAUCAUUGGUUCUCCUGUGGGGAUUUGUAAAUUGGCCCAUUGACUUAAUUAGACUCAGUCCUCAGUGCAGUGCAGCUAAUGUAUGCAAGCAAUCACUGCCUGUUUAUUUACAGGCAGAUGAAAUUACACUGAGCGCCGAGGUGACACAUCCUCAUCAGAAGUGUUCAGUGUGAUUCUACUGCUCACAAUAACUUCAGUGUACUCAUUAUCAAUCAGCUAAAUUAGCAGAUGAGAUUGUUUUCAUCUGCAGAGAAGGGUUGUGUUUUCAGGCAGCUGUUUCUGUGAGGGUGGAGAAGGGACCCGAAAACCCAGGGGACGGUAUUGUUUUCAAGUAUUCAGGGUCAGGAGGAACGAUGUCACCAGACUCUGUACUUGACUUCUGUUUUGGCACCGAGUUUGCCCUCACAUUCAUCACUGAGGUCGGCUUUCCUCCGAGAUAAUUACAGGUUGACAGGGCAGUGUGUUUGUUUUCUGUGGCUUCUGAAAAAUGAGAUGUUUUGUUCUGUGGUGGAGUCGAGCCAAGACAACCAGAGCUGCUGUUCAGAAACUUCCCCCAAUUACAACCACUUGUUCACCACUGCAGAGCAACCCAUCAUGACAAAAAUGAUACAAAAAUACCACGCCAAACCACACACCCCCUCUCUCCUCCAUGUCUGCCUCCAGAGUCUGCUGACGGGGCUGAUGUACUACCGACCCGAUGACCCCAUCGAGUACCUGGAGGGCUGCCUGAAGAAAGUCAGCGAGCUGGGAGGACCGGACAAGGUGCGGUGGGAUACGUUUGUGGGUCAGGAGAAGAAGUCUCUGCCUCCUCUCAACGGCGGGCAGUCACGCAGGUCCCUCUUCAGAAAUGGUGAGUGAGUCAAAGAUACUUGGUUUAUGGAUUUAUUGAUCGGGAGACUUCAUUAGCCACAAAUCUGAAGCCUGUUUGAUCCGUCAGGUUACACAAUCUAACUCAAACCAGUAGGGAGACGAUUUAAAAGGUUAAUGAACAGAUUCGAAUGCUUUCCAAAUUAUUUAAAAGCUUGAUAUGAUUGAAAAUGAUGCAAAGACAACAUAUCAAACAGAAAAAAUAUGUUGUUCCAAGCUUCAUUUUAACAUCAUGCCAAAGAAAGUCUCUCUGUUGUAAUCCAUGCAGAACAGAGUUGCAGAAAAAUACAAGGUCUCACCUAGAAAAGGCCUCGUCGAUAACAGCAUCUGUUUCACUAACAGAUCUAUAUAUGUCGUUCAACAUUAAUAGUGUCUGCUAACCAUGCAGUCAUGGGCUUUGGCUGUUCAACUGUGGUUUCUUUAGUUUUACAGCAUGAUUUCCUCUUUGUGUGGUACAGGUUUAACCUGCAUUUGGAGUCACUUUGUACCAAUGUGGUGACUCCCACUACAGAGUCAUGUCUGUUUAGAAUGCAGUGUUCUCUAAAGGCAUGAAGAUAAAUCCCGCACAGUAUUUGUUUUGGUCUUUCUCCCUGAAGAUUUCUCCUGAUUCUUUGAAUAUUUUAAUGAUAUUUUGUACUGUAGAUGAUAAAAUCCCCAAAUUCUUUGCAGUUUUACUCAGAUGAACAUGAUUCUGAAUCUGUUGAACUGUUUGUCAACACAGUCUCUCACAGAGUAGAGAACGUCAUCCUGUCUGUACGUCUGAGAUACUCAGCAUCUCUGGAGUGUCCUUUUGACAUUCAGCCAUGCGACUAAUUAGAUUGGAGAUGUUUCUGCUGGUUUUUCUUCUGCACUAUACACAACUUUUCCAGCAGUUUGUUGCCCCUGUCUCAACUUUUUCGAAACGUGUUCCCUUCAAUGUGGCCUUCAAUUUAAAAUGAGCAUAUACGGUAAUCAUUCAUAAAACAUUGCAGGUUAUUAUUCCAACUUCUAAUUUGCCUUUUUUGCCUCAUUCUUUGUUUAAAUAUAGAGGUCAAAUGAUCCAAAAUCAACAUUUUACUUUGCAUCCCAGCUUCACACAAUGUAUGGGGGAAAAUGUCAAAUGGUAAACAGCAUGUUUUGUUAUAUGCAGGUUGCAGCUGACAGCCCACUUUCAAGCCCCACAGCCGGGGAAAAUUUUCUAUUUCCCAUCAUCAUUCUAUUUUCCUGCAGCCUAUUCUUGCAGCAGACUUCAAUUACACUUGCAAAUGCAUGAAACUCAAACAGGGAUCACCGAUAGACUGAUCUGCUUCUGCCUUCAUGAUGAAAGUGUGAGACCUUUAUUAAAAAGCAGCGGCGGUUUAGCUCACCUGAUAAAAUGCACGCUUCAAGCCAAGCGCCAUUUUUUUCUAAUCAAGUGUAUAAAUAUUUUACUUUGCUUUUAAUUUUGCAUAAACAUUGAGCUGUUCUCAUUUUAUAAUCAAACAUUUACCUUAAGGAAAUAACUGAUUCAUUCACCUUUGCCUUGAAACUACGAAGCCUCCACUGUGAUCCUGCAUGGAAGUUACAAAGCGUUUGCACGUAUUGCACAAUCUUACCCAAUACUUCUCUUUGCAUUUUAUACUGGUAUACUGGUGGAAGAUGCAGCCCAGUUUUUAGAUUUAAAAAAAGGUGAUAAAAGUGCAUCUUUUACUCCAAACUUGUUAUCCUGGUGUGCAAAACUAAUUUAAUAGAUGGUUGUCUCACUCUCUAAAAUGACCAUCUGAUUAAUAAGGAUGAAUUUGUGAAUAAAUCAAUCAAGAUAAUAGUAUUACUCUCCGCAGGGGGUUGAAUUAUGUUCUCCUAGAGUAUGCAGUAUUGCUCUGUGGACUAAAAACAAUGAAGCAGAAGCACAGCUCUGUUUUAUCCCACUGUGUUUGAUUAAUGUAAUCAGGCGUGAAGCGAAACUUGUCCGCUCACAGCCAAAAUAUAUAUUUUCAAGUACUUGACUUCUUUCCAAGGAUGCUGGCAGCAGUUCAUCUUCCUCUCCUUCACAACUACAACCCGUCUGGUUCACAGUUUGAACAGGAAAGAGAGCUGAUAUUUGUUCUCCUCCCUCAGGAGCCCCACAGCAGAUAUAUUGUGUAAAAACUGCUUGAAACUAGAAGCAGAAGACAUUUAGAGCAUGGAGAAGAGAGACGGUUUUUCUCUGGUGGAUCGGGGUGUUUCACAGCUGUUGCAAUCCCUGUUUCCAAAAGGAUCAGGAGCUUCUGCAGAGACACCAGAACAACCACAAACUGUUUCUGCAAAACUUAUUAUGAGAAGAGUCCAAGUAUCAAGGCUGAUAAACAUCUUGUGUGGUAAUCAUUCACCUGACUGUGGUUACUGGGAGGAUGUAGCUGUGGUUUCAGGCUACAUGAUGCAUUUUUAAUGGGUCUGUUUUGAAUUCACACAGUCGUUUCUUUGUUUGAUGAAGCUCGGCAGAAACUUGCACAUGAGAUUAAAACAGAGCAAUGCUAUAUGACUCUGUGUGUUUUGCAUUUCAAAGCUCAAAGGCAAAUCAGCCACGCAGCUCAACCGGGAACACACAGAGAAGUUUGAUAAAAGAGCGUCGAGGGCUACGAGGAACUCACAUUUCUUCUACUUCUCAGCGUAUGUUUGCAGAGACGCCUGAGAGCUCUGUCAGCUGCAGAGUCAAGGAGCUGCAGCCUUAUGUAACCAGAGAGAGAAAUUCUCAUAAUCAGUAUUUCUCGCCUCAGUUUGAGCUCAAAUCUGUCACAUUUCCUAUCAUAUGUUAGAGAGGGAAAUGCUGCACAAACAUCUAAAACUUUACAUUUUUUGCGUGAGAAAUGGACUCAUCUGGAGGCUCUGUAGCAACAUAUGAAACCACAGACCAGCUCAAGAAUCUGGGUGCUAAACUGGCCUGUCUGCUGUUCAGGUUUGACACCUUGAAAAUGUGGCACAUCUCCAGAGACUGAUCUCCUCAGCCCCCAAACAAGUAGUUUCAAAAGUGUCUUUGUGCUAGUUUCCAUUAAUAUCCACACAAAGACGAUACUGAACAUCUCAAGUGGAUUUUCCUUCUGAAGAAUUUCAAACAAAAAUCAAGUUUAAAUGAUUCACAAACCAUCAAAAAAACCUGAUUUUAUCUCCAUCUCUAUGAUCAAACUUUUUGGAGAGUUUGGGUUGAUAGUUUUUCAUUAAAAACUUUGUCCUCUUUAGAUUUAACUUAGCUCCAGCGAGCCCUGCAAUCCUCAGCAUUUAAUUUGGUUCAGUAUUUGAAUAACAGCAGCUUUGCUUCCUUGGAGAAACAUGAAGGACUGAUUUGUAUCUUUAUUAAAUCUCAUAAUUAGUGCUGUGAUCCAGUAGGCUGCGGUAAAAUCACUGGGAGAAACAGAUAAAAAUCUAACUGACAGUUUAAUUAUUACACAGGUGUAACUUUAUCUUGAGUUGGUGAUGCAGAGGGACAUGGAGGUGAUGUACAGUGCAGAAUUUUACACCGGACAAACUCUCAGAGCAUGAUUGAGUGGAUUCAUUAAGUUUUUAAGUGUCUUAUGUUGAACUUCAGGCUGUGGGAAAUAACAUUCAGGAGCACCACUUUACCCAAAACUCAUCAUGUGUGUUUGUGUGUGUGUCUGUUACAGUGCUGCCCGACAGUCCCAACUUUCCCUACAGACGCUACGACCGCCUCCCUCCCAUCAGCCAGUUUUCCAUCGAGAGCGACUCGGACCUGUCAGAGACGGCGGAGCUCAUAGAGGAGUACGAGGUGUUUGAUCCCUCCAGACCACGACCCAAAGUCAUCCUCGUCAUCGGUAAAGGACUCAAAAAAACACACAAAUACACAAACAUCCAAACUAUGAGUCUCCCUGCACAACAUUAACACAAAAUAGACUCUUCAAAGACACACUCUGGUAAAAAUCAUGUUUUUCUUGUUGUCUACGUGUUCAUAUGGCAUUUUUCUGAUGCUACAGGACAUAUCAUGAGAAAAAUAAGUGUGAAAUUGCAUUUUUUAAUAUUUAUGCAUUAAAAUCGCUGUGAAUCUCUGGCAGACCCAGAUAUAGUGAGAUUUUCUAUGUCACAAAUCCAAGCUCCGCCCUCUGGAGCCCCGCUAUGCAAGCCAGGCUUGGAAAAGUAGAGAGGACGAUCGUGGAACCAGCCUGUACGUUAGCAGAUUGCAAUGCUCUUAAGAAAGCUAAUUAUAAUAUUAACUUUCAUCAUGUCCCCAAAGACAUUAGUGUCCUACAGCUCCUAUGUUACCUGCUUCUUUUACUACACUGGCAAUGUUAGGCUGCAAGGUAACGUGAAGACAAGCAGUGAUGUCUCCGCCCACUCAGAGACGAAUUGCUAAUGAUCUACUGGAGCUCUGCUGAAGAAAAAGUUACACAGGUAACACGAUUUUGGCUAAAAACUUCAUCAUCACAAUUUAAAGACCACUGAUUACACUUUAAGUAGUUUAAAAAAUGAUCGGAGAGAGACUUUAAAGUGAAGAAAGAGAGAGUCAAGUUAUUUCUUGAGUUCCACACACUUAGUGAAGCCAUGAGUGAACUGCAAAGACUGCUUUGUCCACAGGGGGCGCCAAAGCUGACACAAUCUAAAAGUUCCUCACAGGAGCUUUAAUCUAAAAAUGUUUCAAGGCAUUACUACCUGUGAUUGGCGGGUCGCUGCCACAGGAAAAUCUGUUUACCAGAGUAGAGCCCCAGCAAUGACUCAUUUCUAGCUGCAAAUGACAAAGUAAGGCAGCAGCAGCGACAUAGAAAGAUUUAGGAUUCACAACAUUCGUCCAAUGCUCCGUCUACGCUAGCUACGUCUACAAACUGCAUUAAAAGAAAUCAUGUGGAUCCCUGCUGACUCCUGUUUUCCACCAGACGAGCUAAGGACAUGGAGAUCUCUGAAAUAUGUAAACAAAACUUGUACAAGUUUCUCCGCAGAUGCAUGCAGCCUCAUCUAUUUACAUAAAAAGGUCAACAAGAAUUCAAAAUAGGAGUUUAUAUUUGCCUCGGCGAUGAGCUAAAAAUACACGGCCUGCAUGAGAAUCUGUGUGGGUUCACUAUCAGCGUGUUUUUCCUGGUAUUUCCAUGGCAGCUCCGCCUUUCUUGGUGGGUAUCUGCGGGGGAGAUCUUGUUGCACGUCACUCUCUGUGUAAGACACUCACGCUCUCCUAAUCUCAUUUCCUUGAUGGGCUUGUAUCAGCCCGUCAAAUGCAUUCAUUAAUCUUGUGAAUCCUGCACAUCAGUCAUGCAAUAAGAGCGAUGACACUGGUUAAGCUAAAGUGAAACCCUGCUAUUUUUAAACCCUCCUGAAAGUAUUUUAUUCAAGGUUUGUCUGUAAAAGAGCCCUGAAAUGCGUCUGACAGCCUUCUGUGGCAGCAUGUUUUGCUCCCUGGUGUGGAGACCGUGGCUAUAGUGUGGAUGACAGUUAUUUGUCCUUGCAGCACAAAGCCAGUUCUGAUCUUGUCUCUGUGAGCGCGCUGUGCCAGAUUUUGGAGGGGUGGAUGUGUUAGGGUGGCAGUAGCUGUCAUCCCUUUGGAGGUUCAAGGCAAAUGUUUUUAUCUGUCAUGUUUGCAGAGAGAGAGAGAAGCUGACAGAGAUGCGUUUGGUCAGGAAGAGGUUAGAAGGAGCAGGAGGAGGAGAAAGAGGCAGGGUCGAACAUUAUGAAACACUCAGAUCCAAGAUAAAGUGCAUAUUUGUUUAUAAUGAUUUAGAGUAACUCCCUUUCACCACUAAAAACAUCACUUUAUCUGUUUUCUGAAAGCAUCUCGAAGAGUAUGUUGUGAAAUCCUAGUUAGUGUCCUUCUGCACUGGUUGCCACAUAUCGAGUGAAGAAGAGACGAAGAAGCAGCAACAGCAGCUAGUGAGUUAGCUGAAGUAGCUAACGGUUUUAUUGUGAAUCCAAAAACAACUUUAGGGCUCGUGCCUCUCUGGGCAGGAGAACAUUUUUUCCUUCAAAUUUUCUCUUUCAAAAUAAAAGAAUAGUUUUACAACUCCAGGAAUGAAACAGCCUGUGCAUAUGCGCCAGAAAAAAUUCAAAAUUAAAGCAUGGCAAAAAGGUGUUAAAGAAUUUAUACUUCAAAAUAAAAGCACAUUUUUUUACGCAGGGAAUAAAACAAUUUAAGCUGACUUAACCCAAAAUUACCAAAAUAAAAGCCUGACAAACUGUUGUUUUAUGAUGCAAUUUCUGUGACUAUGAUGAAUCUUAAAACUCAAUGUCAUUCGAAAUGUACGAUCACGUGAGGUCAAAGAUAUUACUGUGAUGAUACUGUUAUUUGGAUAUUUUACGACCACUGUAAUCAUAAGUUUAAAAUCUAUAUGAAGGGAAAGUACCAGUACUAAUACUAUCCCUCCCUUUAAAUGCUUUUAAGCAUAGCCAUAACCAAUUACAAGGUUACCUAGGUUACCAUGGUCUGGACACUGCUAAUAUUCCAAUAAAUUGGACAAAGAUUGAGGUUUUCCAUCUUUUUUAUGUGCAUCAUCCAACAUCUGCAGGAGGACAGAGAAGACAAGUGUUGAUCCAGACCUCAAGCAAAAACAAAACUCCCUUACACUGUCUAAUUAGUAAAAAGGACACCUAUUCAAUACGAUUCAGUGACUGAGACUGUUCGCAUAAUGAAGGUUUAGGACUGAAAUGUUUUGCAAUCUUUUAUUUUUUUAACAAAAAUAAUUCAUUUUUGGUUUUCAUUCCUAUUUUCUAAAAGACAAAUCCAACAACCUAAAAAUAGACAGUCCAAAAGGAUCUGAUAGAUAGCUUGGCUUGGAUUUGAUACGAGUUUUUAAUACCCUGAAGAUGGAGAAAAACCUCUAUUUUUUCUUAUUUCUAAAACCUGGUUACAUCCCUGCUUACAAUAAUUAAAAUUCUAAGAAAUGCACAUGAGACUGUAAAAAUUCUUGUUCGACUUGCUCUCUGGACACGAAAGCUGAACCAGAACUCUGUUAUUUGGAUUUAUGUUUGUUUUGCACAACUUACUUAACAAAGAAUGGAGAACAAACCUUCACUAAGAGCCAAAAAAUAUAUUUUUUUGGCACUUGACUUCUUUCCAAGGAUGCUGGCACCAGUUUGUCUUCCUCUCCUACACAACCACGACCAGUCUGGCUCAGUGUUUGAACAAGAGAAAGAGCUGAUAUUUGUUCUCCUCCCUCGGGAGCCAUAUUGCGGAUACAUUGUGAAAAAACUGUUAUGCUUUUCUUAAGAAACACUAAGAAAAAAAAAACUGCAAGUAAAGCUUAGCUUUAUGCUCUCUCCUCUUAGCUAUAGAUGUAGUUUCCCUGAAAGGGUCAGAAAGUUUUUCUACCAACACACCAUAUCUAAACAUGACUAUACUUUAAUGUCACAAAUAUCAAAUCAGCCAGAGAUUGGAGAGGAGCAAUGGUGCAUCAAGUGUGCUAUUUAUGACUCCACCUUUUCCUGUUGAUGUAGAAUAGGCAGAAAGAGCAGCAGCAAAGACCCUAGGCUACAGAAUAGAGCAGGCAUCAGUGACAGUACACCUGGCAUUGGUAAAAUCAAACGGCAUAAAAUAAAGCGGCUAGGCUUAGUUGUUUAGUGGUUUCAGAGGUGGCAGGGAGAGCAGCAGCAAAGACCCUUGGUUACAGGACUGAACGGAGCAGGUUUCAGUAACACUGCACAUAACACAGGUAAAACAGAGGCAGCGUAAAAAGAUGAAUCUAGGGUGGAGGCGCGUUGCUAAGUAGUUUUUAGAGGUGGCAGGCAGAGCAGCAGUGAAGGCUCCAGGUCACAAUACAGAGCAGGUAUUAGUGAAGAUACAUGUGACCCUGGUUAAAUUAGAGAAAAAAGAAGGAGCUGGGUUGGAGGCAGGUUGUUAAGCAGUUUUCAGAGGAGGUGGGGAGAGCAGCAGCAAAGACUGCGGCUUACAGAAAAGAGCAGGCAUCUGUGACGGUACAUGUGACACUGGUAAAACCAGACAAAGCAUAAGAAAGAGUUGGGGUUGAGCCGGGUUGGUAAGUAGUUUGCAGAGGUGGCAGCGAGAGCAGCAGCAAAGGCUCCAUGUCAUACCUCAGAGCAGGUAUCAGUAAGGAUGCAUGAUUCUGGUAGAAUUAGACAGCCAAAAAAGGAGCUGGGUUGGAGGCAAGAUGCUAAGCGGUUUUUCAGAGGAGGAAAGGAGAGCAGCAGCAAAGACUCCAUGUUACAGAGGUAGGGAGAGCAGGCAGGUUCUAAAUAGGAUCCACAAUGAAAUCAGAUCAGCUAAUAUCAGCCAAUAUUGGCUGACGUACUUUCGGCUGACUUUCUGGCCUGUCUUAACUAUUAACACUAUUCUCAAUAUUUGGUGAGCCUUUUAUUGUUUUGUUUCUGCAGAGAUAAUGUGGAUAUUGAAGAUAGUUUCACCAGCCUGUAUGUCCUCUUUUCAACAAAGCACACCAGCAUCAAAAACGACCUCACCUCUCAUGGCGGUAUGGUUCAAACUAACUAGGUCAUUCAAUGUGUCGUCCCACUACGGCGAGGCAAAAAACCCGCUGACAGAGAGGAGCGUGACGCCUUCAGUCUUAUGUUUGACAGUCUACUUAAAGCUAGUCAUCGUGUUGGACUCGAUUGCGCACAUGGGAGAUGACAAGGGCAGGUGCAUGAAGACAGAGGCAAGGAACAACUGGAGAAGCGUAAGCCGUGUAUGCAUUCACACCUCUGCCCACCUGCUUAGCUGCAGCGUACAGUGGGUGUGAUUGACAGGCCGACGUUAUUUACAUGAUCACACAGUCCUCAGUUACAGCAUUUAAACAGGAUGAUUCAAACGGUCAGAGCGGGGUUAGACUGUCACAACUGUUUGAGGCUUUGCUUCCAAGUUAAUCCUGUGAUUAUUAACCCCAAUUUAAAGAUUAAACCAACAAUAAGUAACUGUUUAAGACUUUUUCCCAAGCAGCAGCACCAGCCCCACUUUAGACACACUUUGCAGUACCUUUAAUUACACUCAAUAAUGAAAUACAAGCACCAUUCCUGAUUUGUGGAUGCGCUCUUAUGCCUCUUAUACAUUUCUUAUGUCUCAAACACCGACAGCUUGACGGGAUAAUCAUCUAGGACAGUUUGUUCCACACUCAUUUCACAUCUGUCUGAAUGAGAUUUGAACCUCUUGCAAUUUCUAUAUGGUUGACAUACUGUAUGAUCGCUUUAGAUCCCGGACUGAGAUGCUGUUUGUUUGCCAGCUGAGCAGCAUUUAGGUUGUCAGACGGCUUUUACAGCCACUGAAACUCGUCUCAUCACAAACUGACAGCUAAAAUGGCAUGUCUCUCUCGCGCCAUUAAAGACAAGUUUUGUGGCUUUUAACCUUCUCUCUAUCAGAGUUCGGUUUAUGGUGUGAAACACAUGCUAGUGCUGUUCUCCGGGUCUCUUGGGCAAAGCUUGGCCAAGCUACAGAAGAUGUUGGCGGUGCUGUUGUUUGAUGUAGACAGAAACACAGGAUACAUCAGUUUGGGUUUCUUUUUAUAUCUUUUGCUUGAAGUGUAAACUAAGGACUAACUUGUUGCAGACUUUUUGGACCAGGGUGGCCAAAAUGGGUCAGUGACUCUCCCAAAACCAUCAUGUCCCAUCAGAGUCUUUAACCAGUCUUACCUGGGAGUUCAGUGUUUCCCCUAUAGUGUUUUUGGCAGGGAACCCCGCCCUGCCAACAAAAUCCCAACCCAGAAACUAAAUUCGUAGAUAAAUAUGUACGAUUAAUUUUUAUCUUUAGCAAAACGGCCCCAUAAAAUAUAGUUUUGCGCAAUUUCAGACUCUAAAGCUUGCAAUCAUUUCAUUACUUUCGAGAAAAAUAUAUCUCUCCGCUCCUCUGCAACAAGCGGAAGCUUUGCUCGCUCCUCUCUCUAUCUCACAACGUACACGCUUGCUGACAUGUCGCGCCGCGUAGUUCAGAGGCGUGACAUGUCAGCACCACUGAGUCUGGAAUUCUGAUCGCAAGCACUUGCCGCUCUUACCCUGCCAGUUUUGUGCAGUAUGGUUCAGUAUUUCUCCCAGCCCUGAAAACAGCGCUGGCUCAUCUCCCGCCACCCCAUACCACUUAGACAUACGUCAAACGGGGUGACGUAUGUCUACGUCAUACGUCUUCUGCCCCCCUGCCAAAGUGAAAAGGCUCGGGGAAAAACUGGAGUCCCUGAGCUCCCUCAUCCUGUAGGUUUCUCUAGAUCACUGCUGCUCAAAUGCUGCAAAGUUUUUCUCACCUGGUGGAUUAAGAUGGUCUGAUUUUACGAGAUAGGACUCAAUCCAAUCCUAUCUUCAUACUUGGUCUUUGUAAACGAGUGGCGCUAUAUAAACAAAGACUGACUAAUGAAACUAAUUUGUUCCCACAUUAAAACGAGGCCAGACAUCAUUGAUGCUUUUAUAAUGAUCCACUGUGUUUUUUUUUCCUGUUUUCUUCCUCUUACACCUUUUUUUCCGAGUUGACAGAGAGAAAAAACAUUUGUCAGAACAUGUAGGAGGUUCACACGUACCUGCUUGUCUCAUCUGCAACCCACCUGCCCUCCUCCCCUGCAAAGAAUUGAACCCACGGUCGCGCAAAGAGAGACACACACAAACACACAGUCACAACCAGCCUCUCUCACACACACACACACAGAGUCUCACAUAGUCUGGGUUUCUCUCUCCCCUGAUGCAAGCACGCGCCCACGCUCACACACCCACACAUGAAAUGUUUCACACUCACACAGACACAUUUCGCACAGACGACAAAAAAUCUCCCAAAACAUCACCGACUCCCUCUCUCCCCUCUUUCUCUCUCCCUCUGUCUGUGUCUAGGUGGCCCUGGCAGCGGCAAAGGAACUCAGUGCCUGAAGAUUGCCGAGCGUUAUGGCUUCCAGUACGUGUCUGUGGGCGAGCUGCUGAGGAAGAAGAUGAUCCACAACGCCACCAGCAACAGGAAGUGGAGCCUCAUCGCCAAAAUCAUCACCAACGGAGAGCUGGCACCGCAGGUAUCAGAGAAACAGAUGAGAGGGGAGGAAAAAGGGGUGUGUGUGUGUGAAAUGAGAGGAAAGAUGGGUGCAGUGUGUCCAGUCACUUGCAGGUCAUUAUCACAGCAUGUGUGUAACAAGAGACUAAUUAGCAGCAUCCGAAUCACAGGCGUGCAGCAGAGAGGGACGCUUAUCCGUCUCAUGUGAUGGAUAAUGACUCUGCUUGUGAAGAAAAUGAGACUCAGACCCCCUGCCGUUUGUUUGUGCUGCAUUCAUUCAAACACAGUAUAGAAAAUGCAAAUGAUGCCUUCACAUGUCACAAUUUCACCGGAAUGAAAUUAAGAUUAAAACCGUGACAUAAAUCUGCAUAUUCAGGAACAGCAGGAGGUUCGAACGGCAAUGAAAGCAACAGGGAAUCAGCAAUGAGAAACACACGUGUCGGGAAAAAUGUGGAAAAAAAGAAAUACAGUGAUGGAAACAGGUAAUAAAGUCAAAGAGGUAAAGUGAGUUUGAUUAAGGGAUGUGAAAGUUUGACCCCAAAGAUUACCACAGCUGAGAUCCUUAAUCCCAGUUUUGUAAUCUCCAAAGUGAGUCCAUGCGACUGAAGGUUAAAGCUCCUUAGAGUCUGCAAUUAGAGGAAACAUUAAAAGACAUCCGCAGCCACAGUUAAAAGGAUGCUAAAAACUGGAAUAAAGAUUGAACAUCCAUUAGGGCCCUCUUAAAAUGAUAUUAAACACACGGUCAAUAAAGCAUGGCACAAAGUGGAUUAGUGCACAUCCAACUACAUGUUGCUAGUUUCUUUCCAAGCCCUCUGUCCCAUUAAAUACUCCAUUUUUACUAUAUCAGCCAAAAUGAAAAAUACAGAUACUUUCCUUUGAGGAAAAGUGUUGUUGCAUGUGUUUAAAUGUGUAAAAAGCAGAGGAACUUAAAGGGAUAUUCCGGCAUAAAUUUAAGCUAGGGUCAAACACACCGUAACACCGAGUUAGACACCCACUCGAGAGAUGACUGUUGCCGACGGCUUGCUUCUCAAGUUAUACCAACUUUAGUAAUGACCGCACAAUAGCAAUACACAGUGGUCUACGUCUCCACGCUGAAACCGCAACUAAAUAGCCUAGUUCAGCGGAGUUUCGCAGCUCAAGGAAGAACAUUUAUGAUUAUUACAUCAUGGAAAUGCAAUCAGAGUUACUGUGUAUCUUGUAUGUGCACUGCAGACGUGGCACUUCUUCUGCCACAGCCUGUCUUUCUGAUUGCAUUUCGUGUUUAGUCUCUUUGCUAAAGAAAUUAGACAAAGUUAAAAAGAUGUUUGGUGGCUAGUAUGAUGGCUGGGACUCUAUAUGUACCGUUGAUGAAGUUAGGUGCUGUUCUGAGGAUUAUUUGUGGCCAUAGAGUGGCUUUUUGGUUGAGGUGUGCGCAUGGAGACAUAGACCGCUGUGUUUUGCCAUUGUGUGGUCAUCACUAAAGUUGGUAUAACUAGAGAAGCAAGCAGUCGGCAAGAUUUAUCUCUCGAGGGGGUGGCUAACUCGGUGUUACGGUGUGUUUGGCCAUGACUUAAUCUUAUGCCGGAAUAUCCCUUUAAGUGCUCAUCUCUGUGGCCUUGGACUCCUGACUUUUGGUUGCGAUUUUGUUGGUUUAAUGCCAAGGCAUGUUCUGUUUCCAGGACCAAUACAUCCAAAGAUGCUAAUUUGGGUUAAGUUUACGUGCUAUUUGCACAAAAAUGAUAACUACGUGUGGUGGAAAAUGACAGUGAUACUUGCAAUGCAUAUUAUUAUAUUAUCAUUAUUAUUAUUAACAGCAAUUUUCAGGUCACAUCUCUAACUUAGAGUAGAAAUUAGAUGAGGUUAAAGUGCGUCACAGUCAUUCAAGACGACCUUUGGAGAAGAAAGUUGUAUUGAACCCAUGACUCACUGCAUGAUUGUCAGCAGCUCAUUAUAACUGACGUACUAGCUUUUACUGCUGCUGCCAUUUGUCAGGUAUCAAUUAGCCAUGUCAGCAUCAGGGGGUCGUUCUUCGGUUCUGCUGCACAUUUUUGGUACCAGCGAGUGUAUGCUUUUUCUUUCUCCUCUUCUGUCAUUAAAACUCUUUUUAUUUCCUUUUUCAUGUCUCUGAACCUUCUUGAUAACAUCAGUCAACCCUUGAAACAUGUAAUUAAGUCUUUGUGGGAGAAAUAAAACACACUGACAUUAGGGCUGAAAUUAAAAUACUACUGGGAAACUACUUCAUUUACUCGACCUUAAAAUAAAACAUUCAUCAAAUCAUGAGACAGAAUAUUACUGGCUCAUAUUGGGUCUCAAAUGUACAGACUUGAUUUAUUCCAAUGUUGAGACCCCAGCUGGUGCUAACUGAGUUGUAGGAGUCGGUAGAGGAGCGCUUAUGUCAGCAGUGUGAAUGUAGAGGGUCAGUCUGUUAGCUUCGAUAAAUUUCCAACUAAAUCAAAACCCCAAGGUACAGGAUUUUUAUACCAAGGUUCUCUGCGUCGUGACUCGCAGCUUCAGCUUGAAUUUCCUUCGAUACCUAUCUGCCUCAUCAACUCUCAUCCCUGCCUCGUCUGGCAAACACCGGCUCUGGCUUCAGGCCUUUUCCUGGACGUCUGUUGUGAUAAACAGCAGGGCAGGCUGAGCUGAGGCACACUGGGUAUUAUUAAGUGAGUUGUGGCUGUUGGGCGUUUUAUUUCCAGGUUUGGUUAGUUUAGGAAAACAGAUUAGUGGGCAGGGAAAAGGAAACUGCAGUUGGUUUGUUUGCAGACUUUGUCGUUCAAUACUAAAUUAAUAAAAUAAAUCUCUGCGUUUAUGUCAUGAGAUUAAUUCAAGCAUUUCUCCCUGUAAGCAGGCUGGAAGAUGUUCCUCCUCGUAAACCUCGGCUCUCUAACUCUGUUAGCCGUGCUUCUUCCUACACGCUGCAAAUAAAUCAAAAUGCAGCAAACACAGUUCUUCAUAUCGCUGCCUCUCAGCCAGCUACCAAUCAUUGGAAGUUCCUGCCUCAUGGCCGUUACUCUCUGCGAGGUCAUGUGACUCUGGAUGUUUCUGAACUUCUGUUCCCUCAAAAAUCCCCUCAGCCUCCUCUUGAGAUGGACUCAGACAGCUCAGAGUCCACUUUAGAUUGAGGAUCUCAAGGCUGUGGAAAAAUCUUUAUGUUUGGAUGCUUUAAGAGGAUCCUUCAAACAUCCGCUGUGACGCAGCAGAAAUGGCGCAUUGGUGGACCUAAUAUACUGACUAUGAAACAACUACUUGUAAAAGAAAUAACUGUUGUGAUGGGAAUUUGAAUUUUCCAAGUAAUUAGUUACUGAAUCUUAAAAGACUGGGCUUGUUUUCAGAGGUUCAGACUGUGUCCUUGUUUGACAACUUUCACUGUGAUCAGAAAUGUGCCAUUUUAUGCAGAUGUGUAGCUUUUUUCUGGAAAUAUCGGUCAUCUUGCUGCCGGUGACCUUUUCAGCAGAGCUCAAGCUACAUUAGCAGUGAUAGUUGUAAAGUACAGAUUAGGCUGACCAAUUUUCAUACGUUUCAGAGUCACAGAGUCGCACAAUGUUAAUUUUGAGAGUUUUUCGUGUCGGAUCGAGUGUCUUUUGUGCCCCUCUAACUCAGUAAAUCCACAUGACACAAACUUGAAACUUCCGUACAAAACCGCAGACACUUGAAGGAUUUUAUAAACUUCCCUGAACAAAACCAGACAAGCCUGGACAGCCCCCCCAAAAGAGGACAUGUCUGGGUAUAAGAGGAAGUAUGGUCACCCUUGUACAGAUAUCAAUAAACAGGAGGAAAGUUUCAAAGUCAGAGAUAAAUCUCAUGAGAAGAGGCAUGAGAUUUACCCAAUUCAUGACAUCACAAAUUGAUGUAUUUUCUUGAAAGAGCACACUUUGCAUUCUUUUCAAACUCAGUUUCCAAUCUCAGAGUCAAUUUUGGGGUCUAUUUUCAUAUAAAAAGGAGAAAUGUUAGUUAACUCAUUAAAACAAGUUUGCGGCAUGGCAACAGUGGAGGAGGCUUCCAGUAAGCCGGCUUCUGGAAUGCUGGGGAACCUUAAAAGGACAGCUACUAUAAAUCUUUCUCUGCUGUGUCUUGUAGAAAACUUAUUUUUAAUGAUUUCUUACAUCAUUCCAACAUUUAAAGAUAAACAUCAAACCAGCUGUACAACAUAAUACUUAUUAAAGGGUCUGUCUUCGUUGAUCAUUGACGAUUGCAUCUAUUUUUUUUCUGGGACAAUCUUAGACUGAGAGGGAAAGAGUAAGAGAAUAUAAACGUAUAAGAGGAGUUUGCUAUAGUGUUUCAUGUCAACGUGAGGAGACCAGAUAAACCUUCACUCUGUCCUCUGUUUUUCAUGCUCUGACUCUAAUUACACGAACAGCUUGAUCUGUCCUGUAUCUCUGUGCACACCCUGAUGCGACCCAUGAUCAAUGCCUCCACAUGUUGCUUGUUUGCUGGUACUUAAAGCCGGUCUCUUCUGUUCCACUCUCUAAAAACCACACGCUGCUGCCUCAGACACUUAAAACAGGCCGUAAACACCGUUUCACAUGAUUUGAGCUGCCUGACGGUACUGAUGCGAAAUGAUAAUCCACAGGUGUGGACAUUUCAGUGUGGUCCUCUCCAGUGAGUUUGCCACAGCAUGUUUUCCAGGAGAAGUGAACGAUUGAACUGGUGAGGUACUUGGACGUAGCUGCGGCGAUGAUUGUCAGCUGUGGUGUUAAAGAUAGGUGGGUAAUCUCUCAGACAGUCGGAGAUGAUUGUCUUCUGAUGCCUGGCAUUCUUGUGAGAGCUCAGCAUCGAGCCAUGCAAUGGAUCAGACGGCUUUUCUCAGAUUAGCUUUUCUCAUUUCAUCUCACAUGGGUACUGCUAUCUACAGUAGAAUCCAUCUGAAGUGUAAUCUCCCGGUCGUCCGCAGGCCCGCUGUUUUUAUUCUGCGUAUGGAGAGAAAUUAAACAUCUGUGUUACUCAGCGUCGGGGACGGCUGGCGAUAGGAGUUAUUUUUAGAACAGGGCAUUGCUCACGUAUCUCUGCCGUAUCGUAUGAUGCAUUGUGCCCGCAGAAACACAUCAGAACAUGCUGACCUCCUCCAGCCAUGGGGAAGUAAUUGAUGCUAAAGGAUGCUGGCACUCUGUAGCCUCAAGUGCAGUCAAAACAUUUGUUCUGCUGCAUGCAGAUAUGUUGGAUAAGCAGGUUAAUCAUAUCCUGGAAUCCUCCAAUGAAUCUAAUAAACCCACCUCUCUGCAGGAAAUUACAGCAACAUUAACUCAACUACUUCACACGACUUUUGUUUACAUUUGUUGUCUGCAGCAGCAAUCUCAAAACCAACUGUGCGGUUCAUGCAAAUGUGAGUUUGGAAAGGCAGAAAAAGAAGCAUCAGGGUAACGGCUGAGGUCCAGUAAACUGAGAGGGAUGUUUGUUUUCACGCUGUAGAGAUCCUGUGGUUGUUUUUUUUUUUACAUUUAAACACAAAUGGAGGCGUCGACUGAUCGUAAUUAUGAAUCAUUUCUUUGUUUUUCAGGAGACGACAAUAACCGAGAUCAAGCAGAAGAUCAUGAAGAUCCCAGACGCCAAUGGGAUCGUGAUCGAUGGGUUCCCUCGAGACGUGGGACAAGCCUUGUCUUUUGAAGACCAGGUAAGUUUCUUGUAAAGGUGUUGCGUAGCUUUUGUGCAGAUAAUGGAGUCAAGGCUUCCUUCAUGAAUUAAAAUCCUGUGAAAUUUUGUGACCUUUUAUGUGAUGAAACAAGACUUGAGGAGUUGUGGAAGUAGAGACAGUGAAAGAGUCUUUCGGUAAUUGCUGGAAAAAAAGUUUUUCUUGUUGAGAUACCUUUUUGGAGCGUUCCUGUUUCAAUUGGAGAGCACAGCCAAGGCAAGACAAGAAAUAUGGGUUCAGAGAGUUGGAGAUAGCAUGGACCAAACAGCACCAUCAGUGGGAGUUGAACCUAUGACCAGUGUGUCAGGGGUUGAAGCUUCUGUACACAAGACGCCUGCUCAAGCUACUGUAUCAAAUGCUGACUGUCGUCCAAAUUUCCACCCCAUGAUAAACGUGGCUAAAAUAAAUCCAUGAUAAUGAUAUUUAUUGUUGUCAAUUAGUCAAACUGAGGAAAGGCAAGACAAGGAUUAAGAGACACACUACUUCAUAAUCUUGACUAAAAUGUUCGAAUGAUUUGCUCACAUCAUCGUCCAUACCUCACUUUUGUUGGUCAGCCAAGUUUCUGUUUACCUUUGUGGAGAAGAUUUCCUCAUAAAAUGAUCCUUUCUGAGGCUUUUAUUUUUAUAUAUUUACUGUAUUGGGUUUACGUUGCUUUGUUUCCUGUAUUGAAAGAUUGUGCUUUUAUUUUGAAAUUAUAAUUAUGCUCCUUCGAAUAGAUUGUGAGUUACAGACGAUCAUUUUCAAAACAUCAGUCCUAGAACCAUCUGAGACAUCCCUUUGUGACCGACAUGAUUACUAUUAUAUACCGUACUGACAAUGGGCACUAUUAGUGUGUACUGUUAGACACACACUGUGUUGUUGUUGCCCUUCAAUAACCGGCUUCAACUGUAUUAUUUCUUAUAUAAUUUGUCUGCCAGUCUCUUGGCAACGGUGACAAGGAGGAACUUUCUUUUUGGCAGCAAACUCGAGCAGAACCAGGCUCGACGGUAGAGGGCCAUCUGCCGCAGCUAAGAGAAACCCUGCAGAAUCAAACUUUUGCACCAUGAAUCAAUCGUGAAUUCUCCACUUUGCUACUCCACUGCUGGAGCUUCUGACCCUUGAGUUUUCAUAAAAGCAAACUCAAGAUCCACCAGCUAUCAUUGUCCAUUAUCAGCGAACUGGGUUAGACUCUCUGGGGUUUUCAGGAGCCAGUGGUAAGUUUUAAACCACUCCAGUCUGAGAGUCACUCUUUCAAGUGGGAUUUAUCAGUACAUUUAUUUUAUCACGUAACACAAUGAUUCAGAUUUGUAAAAAAAAAAAAAAAAAAGGCAAAAUGCAAACUUUGUUAGGUUUGCCUCAAGAGACGAAAUACCUCUGUAAGUUCUUGGUUGUUGAGCUGAGGUUGGAUUACUCACGUCUGAUGCAAUCCAGGAAGUUAAGAAAUCUCACCGCUGAUCAGCCUUUGCAGGACAGUGUGAAGAAGUUUCUAAGAUAAAAUAGAAGUUGUCAGUUGAGUGCAGACGGGGUCAGAGGAUGUCAUGCCAUGAGACCUUCUUUUGCCCAGAGAGAAAAAUGCAAUCAACCAAAAUCGCAACAAACAAAACCCUGAUCGUGCUGAAGAUCCAGACUCCUCACGACAGAUUUUCUGUUUCUGAGUAAAGUCUGCAAAAUGAGAUUUAACUGGAUAACACUGAGUUUCCCAUGACCUACAUUUAAGAUGGAGAAGAUUUUAAAUUUCGCAAUAAAAAAGACAAAACUCGCAAAUGAGGAGAUUUUAGAUUUCAAUCUGAAUCAAAACAUGGAUCUGAGCAGCAGAGUCUGCAGCCUUCAGUUAUGCAAUAAAAAAGUGCAUGAAUGUGUUUUGAAAUUCUCAUACUGAUGAUAUCUGGGGAGACUUUCUGUUUUCUCAUGAUAGAUUGAGAUCAACUUCUCCGGUCCUUUUUGAAUAUAAAUAUGAACCAUAUUUUAGUCACGUUUUGACCGUAGAGUUGACUUUUUCCUGCCAGCUCUGACCCUCAGCUCACACUCCUCCUCCUCCUCCUGCUGCAGCUAAUCAGCUAUUCAACAGUGAAACACUGCUUUUCCGUUUCACUGCGGUGCUCAGCGUCCCUAACCCUUGAAUGAACAAGCAGUGUCACGCUGGGGGCAAGGACUCACUGCACUCUGACCCGCAGACAGGUUCACCGUCUUUGUGCUCCACUUAAGGGUCCUUGAGCAGGAUGUGAAAUAACGCAUUUCAGGGAGUCAGAUGAAGCGUUUCCGUGCACACUGAAAACAUCAGCGUUAAUGUAAAUCAGCAGAGUGAGGAAGAUGGAUUAAAAAGGCGGCGGCACAGAUUUGUAAAGCCGUGUUUCUGUCUCAGCGAGAGGCUCAGGAUGGACAUUCAUCCUGUACAACUGAGUGUCCAAUUGUGUCACAGGGCGGUCGAUUGCUUUCACAGGGAUUGAUCCUCCGUCACAUUUAAACUCAUUUAACAUUAAUCAACUUUUAAAUGAACACUCAAUGACUUUUAGAGUGGUUGGGGGAUCUAUGGAGGUCUGUCUGUGUCAGAGAGCCUCUUUAUACAAUCGACUAAAUUUAGCUGCAUUGAAGGGAAAGUGGAAGAAGGACAUCAGAGUCUCAACCCGUAUUUAGACUGGAUUUAUAUUCAUGGAGGAGCUGAACAUUCACCCUGCUCCAGGAUAACUGCACUGAUUGUUCCAGAUGGGAUUUCGGCUGUUCUCAUUUUGCAGCUGCAUAAUUCAAAGGAGCUUUUUGCAUAAAAAGCAAAAGAUUAAGUCCAUUAUUGCAGGUGAUUUUUCAUUACCAACAUAUUAACAAUUAAAGCUCCCAUGAGGAGUUUUUUAUUUAGAGUAAAACGGACUGACAUUAGGAUAUGAAAGCGAAUGAGACUCUAUGAGCAAGAAGACUGACUAUUAAUGCAUGUUACUGGUGUCAGGCAAGCAUAAUAAAGAAAACACAUAAAGAAACAGCUAUGCAGUGAUAAAUGUAGAUUAAAGGAGUCACAAUGAGAUGUUUGUCGAAAAGUGCAUGUACAAGACGAAUUUACAAAUCCUUCUUGUAACUAAAAUCAUUCCAGAUAACUGACUUUCCUUUUCUUUUUGGCAACAAGUCUUCAUCUUCUGUGGUUUUCUCUUGUUUGUUGCUCAUUUUGCAGUCGUUGUUGUUGUUACCGGUGUUGUGCGCAUGCCCUCCGAGAAUUGCAUGCACCUUACAAAACGAGCACCGCUUACAGUAGAGUGGUCCACGGAAAUGUACAAUUUAAAAUUCGAAGUGUUCAUGCGUUUCUCCGCACAACACCAGCAGCGUCAGCGACUCACUCUGUGUGCAGGCCGUGGUUUCCUCCUCUCUGAUUUUGAUUGACGCCUGGCAGGGUAGUCUGACUGACAACUGAGUAAAGAACGAAUGUGAUUGGUGGAUCGCUGCACGGCACAUGCAGAGUCACAUGCAGUGUAUCUCAAUCAGCUACCCUUGAAAUGAAAUGAGUUCAUUCACCUCCUAUAUCGCAGGAUCUGCGAUGUGACUAUCGCACACGUACAUCACGAUGACGAUGCUCAAACGAUAUAUUGUGCAGCCCUAGACAAAGUUAAUGUGGGAGGGGGUGAGCAGCUUGUGGAGUAGUUAUCGCCCACUUAUCGCUAUCAAGGUGAACUGCUCAAUAAAUCGUGAUAUUAAUUUGAGGCCAUAUCGCCCAGCUCUACCUUUUCAAAUCAUUUUAAUAACAAAUAUUCCAUAUUUGACUGUAGGAGACAGAAGUAAGUUUUAAAAUGGAAAAAAACAGUCAUGGCAUGUACAGAACAAGAUCGGGAGCUUUACAUUUUUCUUGCAUUAACACACAGAAAUCCUGGAGGGCCUCCGACUCAUUCAUGUGUGUGUGCUCACUGAUGAAAAUGCAAAGCAGUUUUCCUGCUCUCCAGGCAAACAUGACAGACACUUUCAUUGAAAGCGUCUCUGCUCAAGUUUCUGCACGGAGCUUAAUCAGCCCCAUCAGAACGUAUAUCCAUCAGCUGUUAUGUGUUCUGUGGCACCGAAGUAAAUCCUGAUUGUAAAUAAGAAAAAACCGUCGCAGUCUUUAAAUGCCGCCCUGGAUGGUGAUUAAAUGUGCGUUUGAGGGCCCCUGCAGGGACAAUCAGACGGGGUUCCUCUUGAUGUAACGCACAGUGAGGGAUGAUGCGGUGCAUUAGCUCGUCAUCUUUGGUGUUAACGCAUGUAAACGGCUCGUUAAUGUGGACGGCCAGAGGCAAUCAGCCGGCUGUAUAGAGUCUGACUGCUGCAGUCAGUUUCAUGAACAGAUGACACAAAAGGCUAUCUCUGCUUUCCACACAUGCAAUUACAUGUGCUCUUUCAUUAACACAAAGAGAGACCUUGUACCAAUGUAGUUCUAAAUUUACAUAGGUGCACAUGAUCGCACGUUCAGGUUAUACACAUUGACAUUAGCACACACCGGAGCAUAUAAAUGAGAAAAUACAAGGAUGCAUAUAACACUGGAGUAUUAAACUCGUAUGAUUCACACAAAUCCAAUAUGGAGUGUCAUUUGCACAAACGGUAUAAAAGUGCAGAAAAAAACAGAUGCAGCGGUGUGACACUAAGCAAUAUGUGGUUUAAAUACCGGUAAAUUUUAUACAUGGUUAGGGGCGCACAAUUUGGGCUAAAAAUAAAAUCCCUGAAAACUCGAUUUUCGAUUAAGGGUUUUUUAGUCAGUGACAACUUCACCAAACGUCUCUUCAAAAAUAAGUUUUUCUAUCGUAUCUCAAAACGAAACCACUGAAAACGAUGUAGUGCACAUGCCAAGCCAGUAAGUGGCGCUGUAACGCUGCAGAGGGAAAGCAACAAAAGACAGAAGAAGAUUUUAAUUUUUCUAACAUCGUCAUAAUCAAAUGAUCCCAUUACAAUUUAAAAUCAAUUAAUCGUGCAUCCCUAUACAUGGACAACAGAACAUCUGAAUCACUGUCUUUGAAUUUACUCGAGCGAUGUGCUAAUAGUGACUCUUUCUUAGAGUUACAGAUCCGACACCAAGAUCUGAGGUACAUAAAUUCCAGAGAUGAUACGAUACACCAAGAGUCCAAAACCCCCUGAUUUUUCAUUCCUUCUUCACUAUAAAUAACAGAAAUAAGCAGCUCUCACUCUGAAACUGUCUUUUAAAGCACUGACUGUGAACAUCAGAUAUCAAAUCUACCUGAAAAUAGAGACACUGGCGACGCUCUGAAGCAACUGACCUCAGCGUGGAGGUGAGAAAGCGCUCAUAAAACAGUCAAAAUGGAUUUAUCCAACACCAAUGAACACUGAAUCACAGAGUCUGCAGGCGAAGAAGGCCAAAGUGGUUCAUAGCAUUAGCAGAACUAGCACCUCCGGUCGUCAGGUUAGCUUCCACAUGCAUGUGCUGGUUAUAGUGGAGUGUUAUGCACCCUAGAGAAAAACUUUAUCUCCAUUUUCUAGUGUUGUGCACGAAUGAAGAUAAGAGCCCUGAAUACGAAAGUGAAUACUCUGUCAUAAAAAGUAUUUACUUCUUUUAAACCUUGAUUUUUUUUAUGACUAACAGUCGCCUACUAAGUCCUCCAGCCUCACCUGCUCUUUUCUGCAGAGGUCUUUAAACACGAAUUCUUUGACUCGUCACGCUCACCUCAGCGGACGCCUUACCCGCUCUCAUGUCUUCAUUACAGCUUCUCGUCUUCCUAGUAAUUGUACAUUCUCCCGCCUCUCUUCGUGAAAAGGCCAAGACUCAGAAUAAUGAGAACUCUAAUGUGGUCCUGCUGUCCCUCGUCUGACAGCAGACUCCACUUAGUACAUGGUCCCCCCCUCCCCUCUGAGAGCUGCAUGAGGAAAGACAACAGAGAGGGAGAGAUCGGAUGAUGAAUGUGGCUGGCUCAUGCACAGAGAAAGGGAUUUCUGCACAGAUAAUAACGCAAAAUCACACUCUAACAUCUCAUUGACAGAGCCCACAGCUGAACUAUAACUGUGGUUAUUAUCAGCAAUCCCAGCUGUUUCCAACAGUGUGCAGAUUACAUUAAAAAUCCUUCCCUGUGUCUAAAUAGGAGCCGAUAGUGACUGACGCGCUCAGUCAUUCUUACACUGCAGAGCCUGGAAGCCUCAUAAUUAAAUGACUGUUUCCUCUCCCGUGUUAUAAUGUGGUAAAUUUGCUCAAAACGACCAACGAUCUUCAUUUCUCCUCACAGCGUUACUUUAAUUGUCACAUUAGAGGUGCUACACUACGAGUUUGCAUAUGUUUAUGUCUAGACAUGGAUUAAGACGUGAGAAAGUUCACAAAUGAGGUCAUGCAGAUAACAAAUGCAUUCAGGUAGGUGUGUUCCUGACCUUUAUCUGGAAAACGCUCAAAAACAGACGUCGAUAAUUGGACAGGAGGAAAAAACACUCGGCUGAUAACGCACGCAGCAGCAGCUCUGGGAUUUACAGUGGGACUUGGUGACAGCUGGUUAUUACAGGGUCUUUUGUGCAGCUCAGGAGGAGCAAAGAAAGAAAAUAACAGUGGUGUGUUACAACAAACAAGACUCUGAGACCUUGUGAUGUCGGGUUAGAUCAUUUUAGUGUGGGUUUAGUUUGGUAAAUGAGGGUACGCCUCUGGAAAGCUCAGGUUUUUGUGAUCUAUUUCAGUUUUACCCUCUGUCUUAAUAGCUGCUGCCCUGAUUAUUAGACAUGGUUGUCGGGAUUUUUUCAAAAUUUCCCACUUCCCCAUUUUAUUCUACCAAAUAUUAAGGUCUUCAAGUCAGAAAUAUGAGGAAAUCUGGUCAAAUCUAAAAGUUAUUAAAUCAGCCAUCAACCAGAAACACAAACAAGUCUCUGCUAAGUAUCGAUUAAAGUUAUUUAUUCAUACAGCCAAAAUUUAGCCCCCAAAUCCCAAUGAUUAUCAGUGUUUUCAUGGCAACAGUAUUCCAAUUACCCAAAAUAGGAGUCAAAUUAACAUUUUUAUUUACAGUUUAGUCUUAAAAUAAUCAUAAAUCACAUUAAACUUAAGAUUUUAAUUUAUAGUAAAGUCAGGAUAUUUGCAUUUUCACUAAAUCCUGAAAAUAUCAGCAGAAACUGUCAAAUCUUCUUUUGGAAACUUUUCUGUCGAAAUUUUUUUCACUCUUAGCCUGUAUCCUGUAAUCCUGUAAUGGGGCGCUCACACCAAGCGCAAGUUAAAUCAUCCACUUGCUUAAUUUGCACGAAUCUUGAUGCGUGAAUGAAUUGUUCGUUUCACUCACACGUCAACGGUAAUUUCAACGGUAAUCCCUGCCAAUUCAACCGGCGGGAUCAAGUGAUCAGUUUGUACUCCAUGUUAGAUACCAGUGAACAACCGUUCGUUUUCAUAUGUCCCUUGACAACCAUCAUCCAGAGUAGUUAUCGCGGCGCCAAUAUCCGCUCAAGUUGAGACAUUUUCACCUUCCGCCCAAUUCGCGUCAUUCGCUCUGCCAGAGUAGUAGAGUGUCUGAUCACGUCUUUGCGUUGACUUAUCAUGUAAUUCGUUCGCAAAAAUGAUUUUGCUUGCGCUUGGUGUGUGGAGACAGUUAGACAACCAAAGCCCACACCAUGUUGUGGUUUUUGGUUGCUUUUGUGUCUGUUUUCUUCACUUUGGUUGAAGUCUCUCUCACUCAGCUUUUUGUGCGUUUUCACGUCAUUUUUCUGCGCCGUCUUCAAUCAACAUUCCCUUAAAUAUUUUACAUAAGAGCUGGUCUAGACUGUACUCUUCAUUACAAAGACCAAACAUCAAGAUGGGAUCAGAUCGAGUCCCGUCUUGUAAAAUCAGACUUUAGUCUUAAAAUAAUCAUAAAUCACAUUAAACUGAAGAUUUUAAUUUAUCCUCACUACUUAGCAAUUUCUUAAAUUUUUAAUAACUGACUUUUUUCCUGUUACUGUUUUGUGCUCAGGUUUUUUUUUCAAAUGUUUAUAAUCCUGAAUAAAGGAGCUGCCUUACAACCAUGAAAUUACAGUGAACUCAGGAAAAGUUAAAGUGCUCCAGGCUGGAGCUUUAUAUGGACUCUGUAUUCCCAGAUCAGGCUCUCUGAGCCAGCCAGUGAUCCUCCGGGGACCUGCAGCAUCAAUUUUUAUGAUUCCCUCUUCACCCCACGCUGCUACUUUGCCCUUUACAACAUCACAGCAGCCAUUUAUGAGCGUCUCCCAUGGGUCGCCUGCAUGGGUCCUUUAUAGCCGUCCAGAGAGGCUGUCUAUCAUCUUCCCUUCAAGCUAUUUUACCUCUCCUCUUAUCGACUGUGGAGCUGUCAGUGUACAUGUUCAUCUCUGUCAAUCUUCCAUUUGGGUGCCUCAAUCUAUUACACGCGUAUCUAUAUUUGAAUUUCAUUAAGUGAUCAAUCAUUCAGAGCUGAGAGACGGUGCCAAACAUGUUCUUCUUACAGCUUAAACAGGCUUUUUGGGCACUUUGGGUCAUUUCUAAGGCCAUAAAUGAAACAUAUGCAAAGCUUUUGUUCAGAUAUUCAGAUAUGAAUGUUUAGAGGACAGCAGAAACAGUCCAGGAGCUUCUUUGCUGUGCUGCAGUUUGUUUUGUGUGGUUGUCAUAAGUCCGCCGAUCCCUCUGUAACAUCAGAGAAAUAAAACAUUUUGCUCAGAGUUAAAUUAAUAACCGCGUAUUACAACUGCCAAGCUUUCAUCUCCUUCCUCCUGAAGAUUUCUGGACGCUUCAGGGAGGGGAGCUGCAAAGACAAUAACGUUACAUAACUGCUGUUUAAGCAAGCGUACAAAGCUGCCGUGCCUUUUCUUUUCAUUUUCUGUAAAGUUAGAGAAACAUUCAAGACGAGAGUGAAGGUGACAUUUACAAAGUCUGUGCAGGCUGCAGCUGAAAAAUAAGGUUCAGACUUGAUGGACAUCACAGAUGACAACCUGGUAAAUCCACCUCAGUGCUGGAUUCAUGUAUAGCCGUGUCCUGGAAAGCUGUUCUCCGUGUCCUUCCUGUUUCUUGUCCUGGCAGUGCUCCUGACCUCUAUUUAAGAGCACUUACUGUUGCUAUCAUGAAAACUACCCUGGGGCUCUUCCACUCCCCUGAACAGUGACCAUUACGUCUGUUUUAAAAUGCUCUGUAUGUUCAUAUUUGCUCUCAUGCAAUGUCACUUUAAAAAGAAAAUGUAGAAAACAACGGUUGGAAAUUGUGUCGCAGCGUUAGCAGCAGCUCUGGACCUGGAAAUGACACCUUAAAAAAACAAGGUUAUAAAUGUAUGAAUAGUUUCCACUCCUUCUUGAUACUGAUUAGAUGAUGAUCAAAAAAUUGAGAUUGACAAGCAUGGAGCGAUUUUUGAAGUUGCAUUUGAACCUGCAUGUUUAUUUUGCAUUUUAAAACAGUUUGCAGGUUCAUUUUAACAGUAUAAACCAAAGUCUUCUCACUGCAGAUGAUUUUGCUGCCACCGUCCAGGAACUUGCACGACACUUGUACUUUUAAGGAGUUCCAGUUUUUGGUUGCUUUCUCUCUUUCACGCUCGCUUUUUGUGCACAACUCUGUUGUUCCCUACACCCUUAAGUCAGUGAGUGUUUGUGAUGUGGUUUCUGCAGACAUCAGUCCGAUUAGCCGCACAUGUAUGGUGGUCGCCCAAAGUCAAAUUGAUGUUUGAGUUUUCUACCAAGUCGUCUGAGAGUUGUUGAAAGAUAGAUGUGCAGGGUAGAGGUUGCCGAUUGAACUGAAAAUGUACCAAUACUGAAAGUUACAACAAUAAUCGUCGUCAUUUUGUAUAUUUGGUGUCAAAAAUAAAUGAAUAAAUAAGAGUUGGUUUUGGAUGUGUGGAGGUAGGCUAUGGUCUCAUGUCCCAUUAAGAGGCUGUCCUACAUCAGAGACCUAACUUCAUCCCAUCCAGUCGGUAACAAAGAGGGAAAGACUGGUGAGGAGAUGGAGGACGGUUCAAAAGUUGUCACAGCUGAAGUAGACGAAGUUAAUGUGGGAGGGGGUGAGCAGCUUGUGGAGUAGUUAUCGUCAAUUUAUUCAGGCGAGCUGCUCAAUAUAUCGUGAUAUUGAUUUGAGGCCAUAUUACCCAGCCCUAGUGCAGGGUCUCUAAACCUCAUGUAUGGUUUGAUUCCAGCCUGUAGCUCCUUUCCUGGCACAGGUUAUAUCUCAGCUUUCGAGAAAAACUUAGUACACGGAACAGAUUCAUCCAGAUUAAUAAUAACUGCUACAGCCUUUCUCAGAGUCUGGCCAUGUACUUGUAGAUACCCCGUGGGUUCAAGUAUGUUCAGAUAAACGCAGUUAUUCCCUUUAAUGUUGUCUGAAUAAGUAAGAUUAAUGCGAUUCAGCCCCCGUCUGUGUGAAUGGACGGUCUGUUGUGCUCGGUGAGAAAUGCUGGAUGGCGGAGCGCGAGGAAAGGACCGCCGGGUUUAUGGAGACAGAUGGAGACGUCUGAUAGGCAGCAGCUCCACUUGCCCAGAAAGAAGGCAAACAGUAGUUUGGACUGAAGCCUGUAAUCAGCAGUUUCCUCCUUAUACGACAGCAGCAGCUAUAUGAAUACAAUCUAUUCCUGGAGAGGACGUCAUGAUUACUAAAUGUUGUUCUGCUGGAAUACAGUGCUUUAUUUUCCAAAGUCUUUCAUACAAAUACAACCUUGGCACAUAUUGUUUUACCUUGAAGUGACAAUGACUACAGCUGACAUUCAUGUGCAGAACAACAGGAAGCUGCGUCUAACCCCUCAAAACGCCUCUAUCAGCUUAUCUUUCUGCUUUUUUUAUAUAUAUAAUCAAGCGUGUUAUGCAGAACCUCCCUCACAUGGUAAAAAUUGAGUUUAUCUUCCUGCUUUUGCACCUUAUUUGGUACUUAGUGAGAGUUCAAGAAGGCAUUCCUACCAAAAAUAUCCAGCAAAUGUGUAAUAUGAUGUAAUCUUGUGAAAAUAAUAACAUACUGCUUCAUUAACAAACAUCUGCAGAGUGAGACUGCUGCCCCGCACUAAUGGUACAACCUGGAGAAAAAGUAGGGCACAAGUGCGGUCACCAUGGAAACGGAAACUUUGAUUUGCCUGACUCCAAAUUGAGUUGCGUUCAUAAACAACACCACUGGAGCUAUUUUUAGCCCUGACAGAGACUGGGGGGACGGUUCGGCAGAGUGUGAUUCAUCUGAGGACGGAGGGAAACAAACAGACAAACGGAGGGUGAAGAGUGAUAAACUGUCCAUGCGUGAUUUUUAAAGAGGAAUAUCCUUUAUGGUGACAGUGUGGAACACAUGGUCUAAAUGAUCUGCUCCUCUUCCUUGUGUGUUUAAAGCUCCAGUGAGGAAGUUUUGAAAUAGACAGACAUGAACGAUAAUACAUUUGGAUGUCAUUCAAUGACAAGCCUGACGCUCUCUAAACUGUCAUUUUUAGUGCCUGUAACAGCUAAGGUUGUUGUGGAUGCUACCCAAAUAUUCGAUCAGUAAAACUGGAAAGCUUGAGAGAGAUGAGAAAAUGUGGGGAGAAAGUAGAAUACUACCGAUGAGCAUGUCAGGGUCAGGAACUGAGCCUAUGACCCCUGCAGUGAGGACUGUAGUCUCUAUAGACUGGGCACCUACUCGACCAGCUGAGCCAAACUUGAACCCCAGAGUAGAGUUUCAGGCUUUUAUCAAACCAUAGCUGCACUCCAAGUGUCAUUAUUUAGGGUCUACUGGUUUAUUCACUACAGAAAACAAGAACAGCCGUGGAUUUUUCUUUAUUUUUCAAUGCCUAAUUAUCUUGUGAUAAUGACUUAUUAUCUCAUUAUCUCGAAAUGACAAAGUUUGUUUUCUCGUUAGAGCAAAUCAUUUUGCCGACUUAAAACGGUAACUUUUAAAAACACCCUCCUAGGGCCUCAAAUUAACAUCACAAUAUGUUGAACAGUUCACCUCAAUAACAAUAAAUGGACGAUAACUACUCCACAAGCUGCUCACCCCCUCCCACAUUAACUUCGUCUACUUGAGCCGCUACAACUUUUGAACCGUCCUACAUCUCCUCACCUGUCUUUCCCUCUUUGUUACAGACUGGAUGGGGUGGAGUCACGUCUCUGACGUAAGACAGCGUCUUAAAGGGACAUGAGACCAUAGCCUACCUACACACUUUUCAUAUAUUUUUUUGACACAGAAUAUACCGAUAUGGGCAAAAUGACGUCAGUUAUUGUCGUAUAUUUCGGUAUCUGUAAAUUUCGUUUGCCCUCCAGAUUAGGAUAUUUCUGAAAUGCAGCAGCCACUGUUGUCAACAGCAAGCAGGGGUUUUCAAUGAAAACACUGACGGCACACUCCAUUUUGCACAUUACACUUUCAACGUGAGAACAUUUAACUGCCAUGUGUGAAUCAGACAACAGCAGUAACAAUGGCCGACACAUUAUUAAUUAAUUCCUUAUCAGGAAACUUUGUUAUAUCGAGAUAAUGAGAUAAUAAGUCGUUAUCAUGAGAUAAAAGUGCAUAAGAACAGGAAAAAUCCAUGGCCAUUCUCAUAUUCUGUAAUUUAAUAUAAAUAAACUGUUAAAAUCACAGCUCCUCAUCCUAAAUUGAUAUCUCAGACACUGAGUGACACACACACACACACACACACACACACACAUAUCACGGGUCUCUGAGGUCUCACUGGUUUAAACUUAUUUUCCUGCUAAGUUCAGACGCACCAGUACAAUCACCCCAGCUGCCUCUAAUGAUCAUUUUAGCACUAAAUCAACGUCUACCACAGUUUUCAAGUCAACAUAACAUAAUCCCUGCUAUAUAAUAUAAUCCCCUGAUAGAUGUUUAAUCUUUCAAAUCUCCCAUCAAGCUAAAAGGUUGACAGCCCCCCUGGUUUAACAGAUUAAGUCUCUUUCACUGAUCUCUAAAUACGUCACACUGCUCAGUGACGGACUCGGAGGUUUCCGAGGAGUCUUGUUGUGUCUUGGACUCAUUGGAGUGUCUCAAAUUAAACCUCUAUGAUUCAGGCAUCAGUCAGCGCUGCUGCUGCGGUUUCCUGACCUUUUCCUUUAAACUACAGAAGUCAGAGCUUAUUUGUUCGCCAUCAUCUCUUGGCAGUGUAGUUCAUUCAUCAUCUCAUGGCGGCAGUAAUUGGAGUCGCACCAGACAACUUCCCUGAGAACUUAAUGACUGAGCACCAACGGUUAGCCGCUGCACCAACUUUUAUUUCAUUUAUUUACAAUUUCAUUUUGAGACUCUUAUGAAUAUUUAUGAGACACACGCGCAUGUGUUUCCUCUUUAUGAAUACAGAGAUACUAACUCAAAGUUCGCUGUUUCUCGAGUGUUCAUUAAUUCGCUCCAAUCUCAGCGGCUGCGUUUUUGUUUUUCCUGUAAAUAAGCACCUCCAGCUACGACUUGGGAAAUCACCGUCAGACAGUAAGUCUGUGUUUACAACUUAUUUAGCUGCCUCUAAUGAGCAAAGAGGAAACAAAAAUGCCAUGAAAAAUGAUAGUUGUAACAUCUGCUGGCAUUUACAGCCCAUAUUGUUAAAUAUCAAGCUGUUUGGAAUUAAAUAUGUGUCGCAGAAGAGGCGCUAAAACCCGCCAUAAAGUUUUACGGUAAUGGCCUCCGCGGGAGAGUGAGGAGCAGUCGCAGCGGUGUUCACACCUGCUGAUGAUCCGCGGGAAUGUUGCAUCUUCAGUUUCUGUAUUACUCUUCAUCAGCGACAACUCCUCACGUUUAAUUCUGAAAUAGAUUACGGGCGUCACCGUGGCAGAAAAGGCUGCAUGUGCGAUCGCAGAUAAAAAUGUCCAUCACUGUUACGACAAUCAGACUUUUUUUUCUCUUUCUUGUUUUUCCCGUUUCGGUCUCGUUGUUAUCUGAUUGUCACAGAUAAAAACAGAAAGUGUGAUCGUGAGUGUAACGAGGGUGUUAUCUCCGGUGUCAUUUACCUGAUUCAUAAUCCGAGCUUUUUUUAAACGUAUAACUUCAUGAUCAGAGUCGACUUUGGUGACAUUCAGAUGAAACCACUUUUUCAAAAACAGAUAUUCAGUCUUUACAGAGAUCGAGGUUUGUAUUCUUGUGUGAACAGCAGCUCUGACACUUCGACCUCGGCGCACUGACUCAGAAAUGAGACUAACCGGACGUGUCAUCAUCACCAUCACCUCUGGAUGAACCCGAAUCCCUCCGGUAUGGGCCUGACUGUAAUAUUUCACACAAUUUCUCCCCCUCGGCAGAUCUGCACCCCUGACCUGGUGGUGUUCCUGGCCUGCACCAACCACCGCUUGAAGGAGAGGCUGCAGAAACGAGCCGAGCAGCAGGGACGACCGGACGACAACCCCAAGGCCAUCGACCGCCGCCUGACCAACUUUAAGCAGAACACCAUUCCUCUGGUCAAGUACUUCCAGGAGAGGGGCCUUAUCGUCACGGUAAGCCCCUUAAGUCAUUCAUAUCUUUCUUAUUUAAUGAGCCCAUUAUCUAAAGUUACAAUGAUACUGAUCAACUUUGCUAUCAACACUCAUCAUACCACUUUAAUCUGCUGGCUGAGUAUCUGUCAAAAGAGUCAAAUUUAAACACACUCAGAGAAAAUCUGCAUGGGAAAGAUAGUUUUUACAUCUCUUCAAAUAAAGAGGGUCAAGAGUGGAGAAACACUGAACAAACAAUCUCAAAAAGUCAAUUAUUCUCCUUCAAAUGUUCACAGGGGGCUUCAUCAGCACCAUCGUCUACAUCUGAAAUACAUGCCAGGUGCUGAAAAUCAGACAUAAGAUACAGAGCUUGGACCCUUCUGUAGGGUUUCCACUGUCUCCAGAGUUUAAUAAACGCAGUCGUUUUAGUGCCUGGUGAUGGGUGUUUAAGUUACAGUGUCUCCCCUAGCUUUUUCGCUUUGGCAGUAGACGUACGUCACCCAUCAUACAGGGUUGCCAGAGAUAAGCCAGUGCUGUUUUCAGGGCUGGGAGAGAUGCUGAAGCUGGCAUCCACAAGAGAUUGUGCGGCGCCUGCAUCACUACAUAUGAACGUUCUGGGACAGUUCGGUGCUCCAUGACCAGUUUUUUUUUUUUUUUUUUGUUGGCGGCAAACAUGAUGGAAAAGAGCCAGAACUCCAGGUUGUGAAAACCAUAUUACGCAAAACUGGCAGUGUAUGAAUGAGCAGCAAGCACUUGCAACCAGAAAACCAUGUCAUGGCAUGUCAGCACGUGUGUUUGUUGUGAGAUACAGAGAAGAUAGAGCGGAGAGCCCUGCCAAAUACACUACAGGGGAAACUCUGAGUUAAAUCUCUUGCAUGUAAAGCAUCAGUGGGAUGUUUACGUACGUACGUGCAUAAAUGAAUCACUGUCGAUCUUAUCACACGUACCAACAAGUCAGAGGGAGUACGAUAAAUGUAAAUCACUUUCUCUCAAAGUUUGUCUUUGCGUCGUGGAAUCACCUCUCUGCUCUUUUUGAUUCAUAGGCACCUCUCUCCAACUAUUCCAGGUAUGUAAGAAGGAGAUUUGAGCCAACAGAGAGCCCAAAUCUAAAACCCACAUACUAUAACUAAUGACUUCACCAUCACAGUGAAUAAUACAGAGGACCGCUGUGACUCCCAUCUGCUGCCUCAUAAAAGAUUAUAUCUCUAUUGAGAGUAUUUGUUUUGAUUGAAUAUCAUCCAACCGCUGCCUUCUCUUCUACCUUUAUCCACACACACAUACUGAGAAUCCUGAGCAAUAAAAAGUGUUUGAUUUCGGCUGACACCUGUUAAAAACUACAAUAAAUAAUCUGACUAUCUUACCCCUGAUGGUCUUGUUUUCUUUAGUUUACUUUUUUUUUUCAUAAACCCUGAUAAAAGAACUCCUCACAGGAGCUUUAAGAUGACUUGAUCAGUUCUUAAACCAUUUCAGCGCACACCCUGAUCCCUCAUCGUUCAGCCUAUUGGCAUUUUCACUUCGGCUCAUGUCUCAUCAACAGCAGCUACAGAGCAGAGCAGGAUACUGACAUGUAUAAAGAGUGAAGGCUUUGAAUUUUGUAGGUCAGCCGAUAACAUUUCUGUACCGCAGAUUAUCUCGAGCGUUUAAGAUUUCCUUCAACAAGAAUCUCUCCCUCACAGUAAUAACAGAGAAGUUAUUCAGUAUUCCCUCCGCUGUGAGGAAGAUGACGCCGCGCUGAGACCCAGACGGAUCAAUGAGACUCCCACACGAGGGGCGAGCAGUCACUUCCUUCAGCGGCGAGAGCGAUCGCCUUAUUAACACCUGCCUCAGAGAUACCAAGGGUGUCCUGAUGCCCCCUCUUCACCACACCACACAAUAUAAUGAAGAUCCCAGUGGUCUCCAAUUAACAUUUAGUAAUCUGUUGGAGCAGUGACAGUCCGUUUCAGCUCACACAAUGAUGAGGAGACUUCUUUCGUUUUGUAUUUUUGCUCUCCUUCAGCCGAGGAGCGAAAAAUGAAACUGAAGAGAAAAGAUGCUUUUAAAUGAACCUUCGCCUGAUUCACGGAUCUGAACAGAACUGUUUCACCUGAGCUCUGCCGCACGAAACCAAUUUCAGUUUUUUUAUCAUUCGCUGAAAUAAAACAAGACCUUCGACCCUCUCUGAAUAUCCCGGCUCGGCAGCUUUUCAGUGUGAUGGAGAUCUCUCAUAACUUUGUUGACCUUCCAGCUCCUGAGAGAUGGGGGGCUGGUUAUUACUGACACUACGAAUAGGUCUAUUUUUGCAAUAUGUAACUGAUUGGUGUUAUAGAUAAUACUAAAAUGGCCUUGUAGGAGCUAAGUCUAUACUUAAAGCUGCUGAGAUGCUCGACCCAGAUUAACCUGGGUUGUUUUCUGUUGUUUUCAUGAACUACCGUGAGUUUCUUGAUGAUCAGUAAGAGUCUGGACGCAUUUCCUCUAGUGCAGCGGACAGUUUUAUUCUUGAUGUGGAUGAACAUGGUCAAAGUCCAUUUUUUUUGCCAUUUCCAUUAACAGCUGAAAGACCGACUCCGAUAGAAAUCUUGUUUUUCAUUUUUUACAUGUUCAUAUGAUAUUUUUCUGAUGCUACAGGACAAAUCAUGAGAAAAGUAAGUGUGAAAUGUCUGCUGUGAACUAGAGGAUGACAUUUUUCGGGAAUGGGAGUCAUUUUUUAAUUAAUCCAGUAAUCAGCUGAAAAUGAUCAUCGAUUAAUGUUAUUCCUGCUCCUGCCUGCUCCCGUUGCUUUUUUUCUCGUCCCGAUCACAGGAUUAAUUAAAAAAUGACUCCCAUCCCAUGGGAUUCCUGCGGGAAUCACGUGACCCACGGGAAUUCCCGAAAAAUGUAAUCCUCUAUUGUGAACCUCUCACAGACCCAAACAGCAAGUUCAGGCCCAGUGAGAUUUCCUAUGUCACAACUCCAAGCCCUGCCCCCGGAGCCCCGCUAGAGGACAAUCUCGGAACAAGCGUGUGCGUUAGCGGAUUGCAAUGCUUGUAAGAAACUAAUUAUGAUUUUAGCUUUCGUCAUGUCUCUAAAGACAUUAGUGUCUGAGAGCUGAAUAGCUCCUAUGUUACCUGCCACUUCUACAACACCGGCAAUGAUAGGCUACAAGCUAGCAUGAAGAGGAGUGUGCAGAGCAGCACUGUCUCCGCCCACGAUUCAGAGGCGAAUUGCUAAUGAGCUACUGGAGCUCUGCAAAAGAAAAGCACUUAAAAAUGACACAGGUAACGUGAUUUUGGCGAAAAACUUCAUAAUCACAAUUUAAAGGCAACUGAUAACACUUUAAGUAGAAAAAAACGAUCGGAGUGUGACUUAAAGAAAGAAAAACACAGACAUGUGGCACCACAGCGGUCAGAAACUCUUCGCCCUUUCGGGUCAAUCACCUCAAAACAGCAGAGCGACACCCAAAGCACACAAAGAGAACCAUAGUUCAUUUUAUAUUAUCACAAUAACAUAUCUGGCUCCUACAGGCCUGAUGCCGAAGUCUCUCAGUCUGAAUUAAAACCAUAAAACCUGUUUUUAAUAAAGUUACCAGAAUAAAAGAUAGUCAGAGUUUAUCUUCCAUGUGAGCGUGUGUGUACAGCGUUUGGAUUCUCGUGUAAAACCAUUAAAUCAUUCAUGACCAGCUGAGCAAGUAAUGGGUUUUCAAUUUCAAUUACGAGUAUGAGUAUAUAGUAGUAUUACGAGAAGUACAGCAAAGUUUGGGAGCUCAAGGAAGUUGAGUGACAUCAGAUUGCGCCGUCUUAUCAGGACGCUGCUAAAGAACGAGCAGUCAGUGAGUAAGAUUGACUUUUGUUGAGUCAUGUCUCUGAAAGUAAUUGUUCUUUGAGUUGUGUGGUAAAAUCACAGCUGUUUUCCCCACCCACAGAUGAAGGAAAAGUCUGUUUCAUAAGCAGAAAAACCCUCCCCACAGGAGCUUUAAACUGCGAUUGUUGCUCCCUGAGUCAAAGACAGCGACUGCUACAGUUAAAUGUGUGAUCCUUCUAAUUAUGAAUCUCUACUGUGCUGUAAAGGCGCACUAACACAUCUGUCUGUGCUCCAUGUCCCCUGAGAGUUUGUUUGAGUCAUGUUUGUUGAGUCAUCACAUCCACCGUAACAUCAAAAAUAAAAACACAUUUCAGGCUCUAAAUUCAUGAUUCCAAACUCCUGGGAUUCGACCAAUUUUCUCCUCUUCCAAACCUGUGAAUGAAAGAGGACUCCACUCCUCCCUCCUGUGAGUCGUUGGCAGUCACAGUCGGACUCAAACACACAGGUGCUGCCUACCUUGUCAUAUCACCACGGUUGUACUGGAUCACAGAGUAGGAGUGUCUCCUCUUCUAUUAUUAGAUAUUUACAUUAAUCUCUACGAUGACCUGGCUAAUGGCAUAAUCCCGAUCAAGCAGAGGUGUGCCAUUAAAGGACGUGACAUAAACCUGUUAAAUGGAUUUUCAGUCAUUUCCUCAACUCUCGGGUCUACGUCCUCUACAGUCAAUUAACACAAUCCUUCUCCCAUGAGGUUCCCUCUCUUAAGCCUGUCAGGUAUAGACAUCCAGUGUAGGUACCAGAUGUGCUCGGGCUGCCAGAUCGGCUUGGGGCCCAGCACCUGUUGAAGAUGUCACAUUACGGCAAGUCCACUCUGACAAAUUACAUUGCUCUCCAUUUAAUAAGUCAAAUGUGCUUAGUGCUUAAAAGUUUUCUUUAUUUCAGUUUGCUCAUUCAAUUCACCUCGAAUCUUUUCUCUCCAUAUAAUACAAAGAACUACAACUUAAUAGGGCUGGGCGCUAUGGCCUCAAAUCAAUAUCACGAUAAAUUGAGCAGUUCACCUCAAUAACGAAAAAUGGAUGAUAACUACUUCACAAGCUGCCCAUCCCCUCCCACAUUAACUUCUUCAGCCACUACAACUUUUGAACCGUCCUCCAUCUCCUCACCUGUCUUUCCCUCUUUGUUACGGACUGAGUGAGGUGGAGUCACGUGUCUGAUGUAGAACAGCAUCUUAAAGGGACAUGAGACCAUAGCCUACCUAAACACAUCCGAAACCAACUUUUAUUUAUUUAUUUUUUUGACACCAAAUAUACCGAUAUGGGCAAAAUGACGCUGGUUAUUGUUGUAAAUUUCGGUAUCGGUAAUUUUCGGUUUAUCUCCCAGCGCUACAACUUACUGUCCUGUAAUUUUUAGAUGGCUUUAAUUGUGUAUGUUAAUUAUGCCAUAUGUUUCUAAGGAAAAAGACAGAAAAAUGUACACAGGACCUCCAUUUAUCUAGAGACAGUUUUUCCUUUAUUCCAUAUUUCCUUGGCAAUCUAGAAGAGGCAGUAGUCCAGCUGUCCUAAAUCCGCUUUGAUAAAUCACGAUAGAUUACUUAGUAAUAUUUGUCCAUGUUUUCUCUGAAGAACUACAAUCCCAUUAAACCUAAUUUGGCAUAAACUGCUUCAGUAAUGUCCGGACCUACCACAUCUGAACCAACUUCCGGCCAAUUAUAUAGCAUGAUGUCAUCAACGUGGGCACACAUAUGGCUGAGCAGGUUAGCACGCCUUACUCACAGGGACCACGGUCCCCGCAGCGGGCCCCAACCAUGGCCCCAACCAUGUGCUGCAUGUCCUCCCCCCUCUCUCUCUCUCUAUCUCCCUAUACUUCCAACCUGUCCUAUCAAUAAAAGGCAAAAAAUACUUUAACAAAAAAAAUAAAGCAGACUUAAGAGUCACCUGUGUGAGUCCUGCAGGACAGAUUUCUAAACCUUGCAACGGUAAUCACGGCUGAAAUUGAGAUCAUGGAGCAUUUUCCAUCUUAAGAGCUCCUCUAUCAGGAUCAUGGAAAUAAUUUCUUGAUUGAAGUGUUCUCUUUAAAUUGCUCUUUGUGUCAGAGAGUUUUGAACCCAGCUGAGCCUUGAAAAUCAUCACUGACGCCUGUAUAAAACCUAACCAAACGAGCGAUCUUUACUCCAUCUAAAGUGUUUCCUUUCAGAAUAAAAGUCUGACAGAAAGCUGCCACUUGAAUAAUGUUAAAACCUUCAAGUCGAAGAUCAGGAGUCUCUGCCUCACACAGACGUUUUUGGUGUCCUUGAACGCACCGUCCAAAGAAUUCAAACUUAUUGAAACCUCAGUAGAAAUAUCACAAUAACUCAUGUCCCGUCACAGCACCUGUUCAGUCUGAUAAAACUACAGCAAGAUUUCUGUCUCAAGUCGUGACAAUGAAGACGAUGAAGGUGUGUUUUCUCUGCUGGAUGAGUCAACUUAUCUAAAACACACACACGCACACACAAUGAAGCCUUGGCGGAAAUUGCAGCGAGCAGAGAUAAUUGUUUGUUGUGGCCUCUAUUGGAGCCGUGUUGUCCUUCGAAGAAAGUGGACUGACUCUAAUUAAAUAUUCCCAGAGAGAGUUCAGCUGCUGCUUCCUGCUGCGUGAUGCCACUCAGAUAUAAACAAACAAAAGACGCCCUGAUCUGGCUUUCUGAACGCCUUAUCUUCACAGGGAUGUUUUGAAAGCUUUUCUUCAUUAUUCCUGUGCGCUACGGAUCAGAUGCUGGUGUUGGAUAAUGGACAAAAAAAAACAGUCAGAGCUGAUGUGAAUUUUUAAACUUAGUGAAUCACACUGGAGGAGUUCAGCAGAUCAGUUUGUGGCUGUUUGCUUGAGAUUAUUUGGGUAACACUUUCCCGUAAAGAAAGGAUUUAGAUUACCUAAUCGAAGGAUGACUGUAGCUUCACUUUAGAGUCCUAAAAAUCUGGACUACAAUCAGGCUAAAGUGCUAGGUCACUGCAGACUUCUUCAGAUUUACUAAAAGUUCUCCGAAUGAGAGUCCAGACUCAUCCAUCAGCUCUGACCAACACCCUCCAUGGAUUUUUCUUUACGUCCCUGUACUUGGUUUCACGACUUUAUGCCAAAACACAACAAUAAACUCCUGACAGUGCAAACAAAUCACUGCAGAGUGGAGCAGCGAGGCCAAUAACCAGCCGCUGCGUUUGUCGAGUGGGUGGGAUAUUUAUAUCUGUGCAGCCUCUUCAGAGACAUGUAGCUGUAUGUCACAUCCAUGAAACUUCUUACAGGAGUGUUCAAGAGGAAAAUCCAUGAGUAAAACAUGAGUACUGCAUGUCCUAAACUAAAAAGCAUGCUUGUUCAGAUCAAACAGAUGACACUGAAGGCACCAAACAUCUCUCUUCAAAGUCCGGAGGAGCUGCAGCUUUUAGCACCCUCACAGCUUCAGACUCGGUCUUUGAUUGUUCUCCUGGCUUUAAUCUGAGUGUCCAUCUUUGAAAUGUUUGGGUGUUGCGUGAGACCGUAGCCCCCCCUCUCUUUACUUGAACUUGAAAAAGACACGCUCUUGUGUAUUUUCUUAGUUUUUCAGAGCAUGGAGACGGAAUGAGUUCCUGGAAAGAGGCUGAUUUUGAGGGUGCGUUCAGCUACUUCCUCUGACACUGCUCGAAGAUUAGCUCAAAGAGAAGAGAGCUAUAGUGUUGAAAACAAACUGGAUUUUGGCGCUGUGGUAAUAAGAAUCUGAAUUAGAGUUUGUGUUUCCUCUCUGAAACUUUAGGAGGACGGCUCCAGUGAAGUCUGGAGGACUGGGUAUCACUUCAGCCAUUAAUCUGUCCUUGUAAAGUGACAUUUUCCUCCCAAGUGUCUUUUUUGUGGAGCAUAAAAGGAUUAGAUGAAGCCUCUCUAUUAUAUCAGGGACAAAUUUGGGUAAGAAAAGAUGCUGCAGUAUGAGAGCAGUCCGUUAGCUCACUUUCUCUCUCUGUAACCGGAUCCUAAGAGCUUUGAGAAUCCUCUAGUGCUCUAUGGAGGAAUCCUCAGUUUGAGACCCUCUCUUUCAGACCUAUAAGCAGACCCUCAGGACUUUAAGGUGCUCAAGAGACUCUCUCAUAGAGCAGUGAGCAGAUAGGUGUCACUUUUUUUUGGGAUGUUACCAUGGAAACAGCAGGUGGAUGGUGGUAUUUGGAGCUGUUUUCCUCCUGACCAACACUUAAACAGUUGAAGUUCAUUCAGUCAUUUCUUUCAAUCUCACAUUUUAAGUCGAACUUUUUAGUUAUUUACCAACGGAAAUACAGAAAGACUUCAUUUCUUAGAAAACACAUUUUAUAUUUAACAAUAUUUUCUACAAGGAGGAUCAUUAACAGCACAUAAAUAGUCAGAGGGAAAAUGAAGGUAAUUCAUGUAUACUGUACAGUAGAAGUGAAUCCAUGCAAGAAGCAGGUAUAUACAGUGGUCAGCAUAAAUGAGUAUGCCCCUCCAGAGCUGUCAGAAAACCUUAAGUUUCCUUUCAAAAUCAAGAUUUUCUAUAUCAGACUAUACAACAAAAUACUCCCCCAAAUGUCGGCCAUUGAUUGUAACAAGAUUUUUUAAGUAAAGUACAAAAAAGUAUUUUUUAAAUUUAAAAUCAGGAUGCAAAAAUGAGUAGACCCCAAUCAAAGUUCUGGGAGCAAAGCAAAAUUUUAGUUACUAUAUCACCCAAAUUUUCAUCUUAUGGUAAAUAAAAUGUGAUGUUAAACUCAGCUUUGUCAAAACUUUGGAAAUUGUACUUUUGCUCCUCUAGAUAUUGAGAAAUACAUUACUUUUAAUAGGGGGUGUACUGACUUAUGCUGGGCACUGUAUAUUCCAAUGUAUACUUGAAUGUAAAUAUAAGUAUAAAAUGUACAUAACAGUAUUUGGUCAAUAAAGUGCAGGUUAAACGAUGAAUAUUUCAGUCAGUACUGUAUAAAUAAUGUCUGAUAAAGAUCAUAAAACAGUAACUGUAAACAUGGCUGAUAAUGUACAUUACAUAGUUUAUACUGUAUUUGAAAUGGUUGAGAGUGUUAAAUACAUGGUGAAUAUUUUAAAAUAAUGGCUAAUAAUAAAUAUUAUAUAGCGAUUACUGUGUAUAAAUCACAGUAAGUUAUAAAAUAAGGAGUAUAUAAUAUACAUUGCACGACAGGGUAGAUAAUGUAUGAACAAUUAAUAUUAUUAAAUAUGGACUAGACCAUGUUUACUGCUCAUGAAAUAAGCUGUAGUAAGGAAACAGAGAUGGGAGAUGAGCUGGAGGGUGGGUGUGUUUGUGCUCCUGUUGGUUAAGUGGAAUAAAGUGAGUGUGUAUCUGAGCUAAGUGGAGUCUCGCCUUUAGGAAACUCUUUUUUUUUUAAUAUAUAUAAUGGAGGCUUUGGUGUGGACUUUUCUAGCAUGCAGCCUUUCAUCGCUGGUCCUGAUGAGAGCAAAGGGACGGCCAAAGAGCAGAUUAGCGAGGAGGAGGAGAAGUCAGCUUCAAUCAGCUUCUCGCUCACUCCCAAAGCAGAUUCUUCAUGCUCAAUUUGCAUGUACUGUACGUGCAAAGAGAAACAGCCGGCCUCUGAAUAAUCUGGACCAGAGCUUUUGAUACAGAAGGGAGGCUAAUUAAUCUGGUGUUAUUAAAGCUUGUGGUGUGUGCUGAAUAUAAACUAACCCCAGCGUGUGGCUGCCACUGUCAGACCUCGUUUGUUUUGUUGGUUCUCAUAAUGAGUCUCAUUCUGGAUGUCAUGGUGACUUAGCAGAGAGAAGAGCAUGUCUGUUAUGUUUGGGAUGUUUCGGCUGCAGGUCAUGACUCUGGAGCACGUCCUGUUUCAACGGUUUACUCAGGUCAACAAACUGUCUAAUGAGUUAUAAAUGAACAGAGUGUGAAAGAUGGAUUUUUUUUCUCUCUCUCUCUCACUCCUUGCAGCUGGAUGCAGAUCGAGAUGAGGAAGAGGUUUUCUGCGACAUCAGCAUGACGCUGGACAACAAGCUGUUCCCCUCCAAAGAGCCGGCAGCAGGUGAGUCACAGGCUUUUAUUUUGAAACGUGAUUUUAACAAGUGAAGAGUUCUGUUCUCGGGCUGAUAUCACCUCCAACUUUGAGGGAAUUUGCUGGCACCCUUGUAAGUUUUCUCAUCUUAUUUGGUUGUCAUAGUAACAGCCUGAAAGCUGCAAGUUAAAGCCUCUAUCGAGAAGUUUGGAUAGGUUACGUGUUAAGGUCCCAACACACCGGUAAUGACGCACAUAUAUGACGCGCCUGACUAUACACAUCAAGCGCGAUGCGAAUUUUCCGGGGUUGGAAGACGCGUCCUGGGUGGAAGCAAGAAGACUGACCCAACAGCAGACUGACUGUUUUCAGUUCUGAUUAGACUCUAGUGUUGAGAUGUCUGUCUGUCAUGAUAGCAUGUACUGAGUCGGGGCCAGUACCAGAUAACCACAUUAAAUUAUAAUCCAUAAACGUAAGGUAACAACCGAGACCUAAUGGUGCUGUGACAGCAACGCUGUGAUUGAGUUUGAGACGGUGAAAAUACAUAUGGUAUCUUGUAUCAUAACAGGUUAGCUUACGAGCUAAAGUUACUUAGCACAGAUGAAAGUUAAAACAAAGACGUUUAGCAAACUGUUAAAACACGCAAACCAUCGUCAUAUGAGAAAUCUGACGCUAUGACUCGCCACAAGUUGUCCUUCAGGUCGUUAUCUUUGUAAUGUUUGUGUUUUUUAUCAAAAAGCACUCUGUUCUCCGACACAUAAACAAUCAGCCGGUCGGCCAUGUUGGCUAUAUUGGUGAAACUGACGUCGACACAACACGCAAUCUGAUUGGUCAGAGGUGGAAACGCAGUAUGCAAAACUUUAGAAAAUUCGGGCGUGAUCCGAAAAAUAAAUGCCACAAUAUCGCAGGACGGGAAAACGUUGCUGAUGUGAACGCUUGUAUUGACAGGAUACUGGUUCGAAAAAAUACUGACGUCCUUAAUAAUCGCACGAAAAAAUGGUCCCGGUGCGUAAGGACCUUUCAUGCUUGAUACUGCAGAGUGAGGAGGUAUGGACGCUAAAGAAACAGUUUCUUCAUAAAUAUACACACACAUAUGGUGAGUUAAAAAUUUUACUGUCAAACAACAACCGGAGGAGAUUUUUUGUUUAUUAACGCCGACAAAAUAAAGGGUUAUCACUUUGUCCACUAGGGGUGCCAUAUUUAACACAGACAGGAAGUUACUGACAGGAGCUUUAAGAGGGAUGCUCACAAAACUGCAGCACUGAUGUCUGCCUGUAUAGUACUCAGAUGUUGUAUUUUUGGCUGGUUAAUGUGAUUUCAGAAUAAAGGUAAACAUGAGCAUCAGUGCUUAAGAUAGCCAGCUAUAAAGGAAAAUUCCACCUUUUCCUGUCAUGUCUGGGAUCCUAAAAAAGAAAAGUUAUGUACGAAGUGGUUAAAUGUUAUCAUUAGCUGUGCUAUAAUGUUAAUAAAUGGGAUGUCAGGUUUUUUUACUUGAAAUAUGUCCCAGCCUCUCUCCAUUUUCACUAUCUAAUAUCUUUGUAGCUGCUCAUUAAUCUGGGUUUGUCAGGUUAUCAAGGUUUACAAGACCUUAAGACUGCAUGUUGAUAACGAGUGUGUUUCCCACUCUGAACAUGGACGUAUAAUAGAUGGCCGCCAUUGGAUUAUGGUCUGUAGCACCUGAGACGGGUUUCGGCCCCUUGACCCAGAAUAGAUCGAGGUAAAGAUGAUGGAUGGAUGUGCAGUUGCAUUUUAAUUCAUCAUAAAUCUUCCUGUGUGUGUGUACACAAGAUAAAUGACGCAUAGCAAGUCUCAAGUAUUCGAAGAGCACCUGUUUGCGAUCAAUACACAGACACAGCCUCUCCUCCGAGCCUUCAGACUGAUAAAGUUAUUCAAAUUAAAUUCUAGCAUGAGUGUUUGAGGGCGAGGACAGAUUCAUAUAUGCGGAAAAAUCCUCCAUGAGGCCUUGUAUCUUAUAGCUGAAGGUAUAUUUUCCAGUUUUUGGCUUCUUCGGGGGUUAAUUAGUGCAUGUGUAAAGUGUCGAAAGGCUUAACCAAAAUCCUCCACAUUCACAUGCAGAGAAAACAGCAUCACCCACCAGCACCAUGGUUACUAUCAGAGUCGGCAUGGUAACCAGUGAAGCAGAGUUAUCCAUUCUUUGAGAGAAAUAGAAAAAUCAGCGCGGUUAGAGCCGGUCUUUGAUGGAGUUUGUUACAUAAGACGUGAUGAUUUACCGAUUUAAAAAUCCGCCCCGCACAUUUACAUCUCUGAAUGUCAGUUUGAAAGAUUAGAUCAGUCGGCUCUGUGCAGGUGUUUCUUCACAUGUUCUCCUAAAUGACUUAUCACCAAUGCAGAAAGGAGCAGGAAAUGUGUGGAUUUUUUGUUUUAAUUAUGUGUGGGUAGAACCUGUAAAUAUUACAAAACACAGAAAGCUCACAUCUUUUUACACUUUUUUAACAGUAUAAUGAGCUUUAUUUCAAAGGAAUACGCUGGGUAAAGACAGACCUCUAAAGGGAGGAAAAAUAAGGGGUUGAUUUGGAACCUGGAUGUGAUGUUUCCACCUGCUUUUGCUCUCCAUAUAAGCAGUAACUCCUGCAUACACAAAAACUAUAACUGUACCUUCACACCUUUUACUCUACAGUUUCCUGACAUUUAUCUACGGUGUAAAUCCAGACACAAACGGCUGUUAUGAAGAAAAACUGGUCCACUUAUGUGUCCUUGCCUGUCUGCUUCACUUCACUAUGAUUCUAUUUCUGCUCCAUAACCGACUCUGUUAUGUACACAGAACAUCUAUUAGAGGCGCUAACCUGAAGCAAUGCCUCUAUCACUUAAAUGCGAUCUCUAAUUCAGCGUGUCUUUUAUUCAUCUUUAUAAGAACUAAAGUGCUCUCUCAACGUUUACAGUCCAUAUGGAGUUUAACGGCGACAGUGUGAACACAGACGAGGCUUCAGCUCUGUCCAACACCGUGCAUGUGCAGGUUUCGUGACUUGAUUUGGCCUUUAACGCCUUACAGUGCCUAAAAAGAGAGAUAUUACCCAAAUACAGUAUUCACAUAUUACUCCAUAAACCUUGUUAGGAAAGGCAACUGACUUGCAGUAUGUAAUUAUCCAUUUCUGAUAAAGUUUGAAGUUUUGUUUGAUCUGGAUCACCAGCCCUGGGACGGUCUGUUUUUUAUGCUUUUAUUUUGACAUUUUUAUCAGCACAUAUCUACGGAAGUGUAAUGCAUUCACUAACAUUAAAAAAGUACUGUUUUUUUAGUUUUUUUUUGUACUAAUACUUUCUCCCCUCUUUCUGUUUUUUAGACAAUUUUUUAUUCCGUUUUUCAGACUAUUUUUUUUCGUCUUUCUGUUUUUCAGACUAUUUUUUUCCUGACUAAAUAAGAUACUUCAAAAUCCUGCAAGAAGUUCAUACAAUCAGAUAACGUUAACCAUCAUGGUUGCUCCAAAUCCGCGGAUUCUCCAGCUCCUAGAUAACUUUGACUACGUGGUCAAUGAGAGUAAGGCAUGUUAUUAGUUAAACAUAGGGUAUGCAAAUCCUGAGGUGCCUGCACAGUGUAGACAAACUUAUGAGGAGUACAUCUUUCUGACUUAAAAAAAGGAGCAUCUCUCAGUGCCUCAAAUCCAAAAGAAAGUAAAACUUGAUUAAACUAAACAAUUGGGCCAUGUUUGCUUCCAAUAAAUCAAGCAGAGAGUGAUGAAAGCAUCUGUUUUUAAAUUAUCAUGAUCCAAGAAAAGAGGAAAAACAAUUAGUCUGAAAAACAAAACAAAAAAUAUAAAGUCUGAAAAACAGAAAAAUUCAUCUGAAAACAGGAGUAAAAAUAUUCUGAAAAACAGAAAAAGCAGAAAAGAAAAAAAAAUACUCUGAAAACCAGAAAAAAAAUAGUUUGAAGAACAGAACGUAAAAAAAUUAUUGUCAUGUGUAUUGUCCCUAGCAUAGGGGGGUCUUUGCUGCUGCUCCUCCUGCUUUGGCUGUGAGGAGAUGUGUUCUGCCUGCCUGCCUUCACUUAGGUAUUCCACUUUUUCAUAGAUCGAUGGACAGGAGGCUCCCAGAAUAGAGCCAGACCAUCAACUCUAGCUAAUGCAUGAAAAUAGUCAUUAUCUCUGACUAAAGCCGUCCUGACUGACAGUUAGUCGUCAGUACCGGUACACUAAAACAGCCCUACAGACUGUAAUCACUAUUAUUAUACACACAUAUAUAAUUAAUGCUGCGGCUUUAUCUGCUGAUGGUUUCACCACUUUUGCAGAAUCUGGAGCCGAUAACCGUCCUUUGGCUCGGUUUGAAAUUCUUUCUCUGUUUUCUGCUCUAGUUUCUUAGGUUUUCCAGACUGUUCUCAUCAUAAAUCCCUUUCAGAACAACCUGUGUUUUAAGCUUUAUAAAUAAACUCGGCUCGCCUUGUCUUGUGUUCCUGCCUCAUUAUGUCGUGCCACACAGCUUGCAGCACAGCAGGAAGCUGCGUAGGAACAGCAAAAUACAUUAUAAACACUGUUUAGGAGCAACGAGCAAUCUCCUUUCGAAAUCAGAAGGUUUAGUUUAAGAAGCGAACACUUUUGUUUGUCUGAACGGUUUCCCUCAGGACGAAACACAGACCUUUGUAUCAGUCAGGAGGCGCCAAAUCGUCGUGAGAGGACACAUGGCACCUUCAAUGGCAUCCCGGAGGAGUAAAUAUGUUUAGCUGCAGUGUUUAUCUAAAAACAUGAUCCACUCAGAGGUGUCACAGUUCAUACGCAGCCUCAAAGAGCGCACACUUUAAAUCUGGCGUCAUCAUUCACCGUGAAAUCAUCCAUUAAAAAAGCAGCUUGGGCGCACAGUUUGACCAUCAGAGGAGAGAGGCCGAGCUCAUAACACAGCUGAGGUUCAUAUUCCCUGUGAUCCUUGACAUCAAAAUUGCUGUCAGCUACUUGACGGCUGCCCAGCACACUUCUGCACCUCUUCUUAUCACACUUGGGAGCGAUGUGAUUCAUACCAGGACACUGACACACCAAACACACACAAACACAGGUACGGAGGACUUGAGCUGCGUAAAAACCACAAAGAUGAAGAAUGAUGGAAAAAUGUUAAGGUCUGAUCUCAGCAGAAGAAAGCCCCUCAGUCUAUUUAAUGUUAGGUCAAUGCUGCUAGAUGAUGCUGUAGGUUAAAUCACAGCAGACUAAUCUGAAGAGACAAGAAUCCACUUCAUACUGCAGUCAUGGAGCUGCAUUCAGAGAUGCGUUUAGGAGCUGUGUGACAUUUUUACAUUUUUCAAGAUGUUCCUCUCUAUUCUUCUUUCUGCGAGACAGCCUCACAGUAUCGGCGCUCCACUCUGAAAUACAACAAAAACACUCUGAAUGGAGUGUAAUUUAAAGAGCUCCAUUACAGAGUCACUUUGGCAGCUAUACACAUCGUAGAAAUUGGGAAAAUCUGAGUCGCAUGUAGAAGCUGUAUAUAAAAGUGGAGCCUAUAAACACGGUCAUUUUCUCCAACAUGCUGCCAAGGUUAGAGUCGCUAUUAUGCUGUACAAUCAAGGUCAUAGUAAGUCUUAUAUAUAAGGGAAUCGCAAAAGACGAUCUUUGACGUUGAAUUUUGCACAAUUUUUUUGUUUCGAUUGCUGAUCAAUCAAGUAGCUUUUACGAAAUACGAUUAAUAAGAUGUCCUGUAAUUAUGAGUAGGAUUAUAUGCAGGUUGUCCCUGGUGUUGACUUUGCUUUUUCACCAGUGUUAGAGGGUUUUGACCAAUCAGGAUUAAGUAUUUGACACACCUGGGUAUAGGUACACCCAUAGGUAUUUUUUUAUUGGUUAAAGUAGGGCUGGGCGAUAACCCGAAAAUUUAGAUACCGAAAUUUUCUGACAAUAACCGAUGUCAUUUUGCCCAUGUCAACAUAUUCGGUGUCAAAAAAAUAAAUAAAAGUUGGUUUUGGAUGUGUGUAGGUAGGCUAUGGUCUCAUGCCCCUUUAAGACGCUGUCCAAUGUCAAAGACGUGACUCCACCCCAUCCAGUCCGUAAAAAAAAAGGAAAGACAGGUGAGGAGAUGGAGGACGGUUCAAAAGUUGUAGCGGCUAAAGUAGACAAAGUUAAUUUGGGAGGGGGUGAGCAGCUUGUGGAGUAGUAAUCGUCCAUUUAUCGAGGUGAACUGCUCAAUAUAUCGUGAUGUUGAUUUGAGGCCAUCUCACCUAGCCCUACUCCUACAUACACAUCUUAACCUGCAUGGCAAUUAAUGAAAUGCAGCUAAUUUUGAAUCAAAGGGUUCAGUCCUCAAUUGAGGUUAGAUUUGAUGAUAAAGUGGAGAAAAUCAUAAUCCAGAUAAAUCUGUGAGCCAGUAUAGAGCCAGCAUAGAGACUGCACAGUGUGUAUCAGCUGUCAUCUCCAACGACUGUCACUCCUGCUCUUAAAAGUAAAUAAAGUGACAGCCAGAGUGUCAAACUUCAGGGUUCAAAAGAGGGAUGUUUAAAAAUAAGAGCUUUAUUUUACAUUGUUUUUUAAGGUUACAUCUGUAUUGUCCCAGAAUUCACUUUUUUCCCUCUGAGACAGAACUCAGGUGGCGUCUUCAAACGAUUAAAAAAAAAAAAAAGCUGCCAGACAAAAAAGAAGCGAAGAGAGAUUGCUUCUGAGUCCAUCUGCCUCUCCUGGAGCCUCUUUUUUUUUCCAAAAGAGAUGAAACUGCUGCCAAUCUCCUCCAGCCUCGCCUAUCAUCGGUCUGUGAUUAUCUCAGCUGCACAUGUGGACCAACCUGAGGUGCCGCCGACGCCUGCAACCCAACACCAGCGGCUUCCACAGCAAAACAAAAAAUGUCUUCCCUGUCAUACCUCAGCACCGCGCUUUCUGAGGGCCACAUCCGCCCUGACAUGUUUACUGACUCCUGGCCUGUGGACUGCAGAGAGGACACAUGCUGCUUUUGUUAUUUUAGGCUGAUUUCCUCAGAAAUCCUGGUCCAUUUUGACACUUUUUAGAAUAACUCUUACAAGAAACCCUCGGCUGCUGGGAGCUUUCAGAGCGUGUGUAGCUGCUCCUAUCUAACCCAGACCUUGAACAGAGAGGUGGCUGUGGCAGGCAGGCAGGCAGGCAGGGAAGGAAAUGUGCUGAGGGGAUGUGUUAUUCACGACCCAUUUCCACAGAGGAAGAGGACGGAGAUGCUGCGUGUCAGAAUCUGUCACUGCAUCAGCCUCAGCAGCUCUGACAGCAGUGAGCUCAGACAGGUUUUCACAUUGUGUGUCACAUUGUGGAGGAGUUUGUUGUGGUGUUGCAUGCUGUGAUGCAAAUUACAGUUAAUUAGUUCUAACAUAUGAACCAUGAAAUAUAUACAAUAAAUCUAUACGGCCGUAACUGCUGUCAGCUGAUUGAUUCGGCUGGGGCUGAUCAUUUGCAAACUCAAUACUUCUUUUAAAGUUUUGAAAGUUUGUAGAUCUUGUGGUUGUUGAUGUGAUUGUAAACUUAAUAUCCUUGCGGUUUCAACUUUCCAUUUCUGUUAUCUUGAGGUGAUUUUUCAUAUUUUUCAAAUAAAUAUAAAGUUGAAACUUUUGAUGUUUUUUGUAAUCCCUGAAUAAGACCACAAGCUGCUCCAAACAGCUCAUCCCUAAAGUCGCACAAAUAUUGUGCAAGAGGGACACAAGAUACACUCCAAAAUCCUGACAACACUGAUCGCUUAAUCUCCUUAAAAAGACAAAACAAACUUAAACUUGCCAGAUAGAAACAUCCUGCUCUAUUAACAAACUUUCAGAUCUGGAGUUCAAACCACCGAGAAACACGAGUGAACUCAUGACGAAAACUUUGAAGCAUGGCAACAGCAGAGGAGGCUCCUAGAGUACUAGGUGGAAUUUCAUCAAGAGUAUAAUCAGUGUUUUCAUUUAUCUUCAAAACACUCUGGGUCAGAUUUGCAGUUCAAAACAAAUUCCUGUAUUUCAUAAUUUGACACUUUUAUCUAGCGGGUCAACUCAGGAUGACUACUUCAUAGUAUGGCAACAGUGGAGGAGGCUUGCUUGGAGGGGAAAGGCCAAAGAAGCAAAGACAGUAGCUCCCAAACAAAGAAGACAAAGGCUGAUUUUUAAAGACACCAAGCUGAAAUAAAUUCAGAGUUUGAGUCAUAAAAACUUUAAUUCACAGUAAAAUUGUCACAUUUUAAAAAAAGGCUCAGAGACCACAAAUGUUUUUGUACCAGACGGCUUCAUGCAAGUAUUGCUGUAGUAAAAACAGCAUGUUAAUAUGGGCUCCAAUGGGGUUUACUUAGCUGUUGGAGCCAGCCUCUAGUGGACACUUAUGGAACUGCACCUUUUUUACACCUCUGUGUCAGUUGUACCUCUGCCUCUGGAGACUGCUGCUUGGGCUGUCAUGACAGCAGCAACUUAACCGUCAUGAAUUAGACAAGAAGUUGAAAUUUUUAUGAGCCAGACUAAAAAUAAAGGGGAAACACUUGAUUUAUUUAUGAUUGGGAGAGCAGCCCCAAAGGUCACUAAAACAACUGCCUGGGUUGAGUCAUUUGAAGAGAGUUACCAGGAUCUCUGGAGCCCACUCAGAGUUUGUCAGAGUCUCACAGAUGGUUGUUCUGUGUUUGUGUCUUCAGGUCCCAGUGAGUUGGACCUCAGUCUGCUGGGAGAAACCAGCAGCCUGGCAGAUGUCACCUGCAAACACGACGAGGUAAGAAAAAGUUUUAUUUUUAACUUUGUUUCUCGGAGGCGAGAUGGAACUUUUUAGAAACUGCCAAAGUUUACCGGUGCUGUAUUUGAAAGUAUGAAGACUUCUUCCAACUUUAUGUGAAACAGCUGUCUUUUUGAAUUUUCCCCUUAUUUUGGAAAAGUACAAGUGCAUCCAGGAGAGACAAGGAAGGUGUGGGUGUGUUAAGAUUGUAUUGUGGCCCAAGCAACAGUAUCAGACCAAAUUAUCAGACAGUUUGCUGACGACCUUUCUGACUUUUGCAGUUGUUUCAUGUCUGUAGUUUUCCCAAACCUUAUUAAAGUUCCUGUUAACAGGGGCGGGACUAGACUUUUUGACUUGGGUGGCCCAUCUAGAAUAACAAUUUAUGGAGGGGUCGCCUGAUGUCAUUCUUUAAUACAGUGUAUAUUUUCUAACUAUGGUUUCUUUGUCUGAGAACUUGACUUCUGUAUGACUAGAAUAAUGUCAACAUUAGACUGAAUAUGAACUAUUUUGGCCAGAGGGAGCACUAAACUCCACACAGACCACAUGUUCCAGUCUUGGGAACAGAUUUGAUGAAAGGACAAACACAACCUAAAAAAAACAGUUUACAUUUUCAGAACAAAUAUCACGGUUUAAUCCCAUUUCCUGAAAGGUGCAGCUCAGACAGAACAGAGUGACUGACCUAUCAUGGUGAACCCUUAUGACCCUGGAAAUAAAAAUCCACCAUCUGCCCUUUAAUAACGACAUUACAUGACCGACAUGACCUGUUCAUACACACACAGACGGUCUUAAACUACAAAACUCUUCUUUCAAACUCGGCAGCAAAUUUACAGACAAGAUCGGCUUUAACGUGCAGCAGCUCUCAGAGAGACUAUGAAGCUCGAAAUUCAUUAUGUUAAUGCAUUUAGAUAAGACAAUGAGCUAAAUGUCAAUUAUCUGAAAGCUGACCUUUUACCUCAAUCAUUGCAGUAACAAAACGUUCCAGUUUUUGUAUUGGUGGUAACUUAAUAAUCUCCUCAUCCUUUGAGACUGAUGUUUUUAUCCUAUAACACAAUCAAAUCAAGCAGUUACAUUCAGAAACCUUCUCUCUCCCUCUCUCUCUGUCUCUCUAUUUCCACGUCUGCCUGCUCUGGCUUUUCCUCUGCCUGCUUUAAUGUGAAAACAUAAAUGGCAAUCUGCAGAUUACCUUUUUCAAAAAUGGCAUCUAGUGAACUGGUUUUCAAAGGCCGGAUGAUUCAGCACAGCACAUGCACAGAGACGCAGGCUUCUGCCAAUGCUGCUGCUGCUGCUGCUGCUAUUGUGUAAUGUUGGUAAGGUUGCAGACAAGCGUUGCUUCUCCACACGAGCGCAGCGCUGAAGUGAAGGAUAACCCUGACCUUCUGUCUCAUUUCCCAUCCUGUCAGUGUCUGGGAACACAUUACUCAGCUUCCUCUGCCUCUGUGCUGCCAGAUUUUCCAAUGUUUGUCCUGCUCUUCAUUUUCAAUCUCAAGGUUUGUUUGCUGUAUGAAGUGUUUCCAGGUGGAAGCACUUUGUUGGCUUUCAGGGCGUACUGUCUGACAGAAUCUCUUGUUGUCUACAUGAAAAAACAGUAGACUGAAUCUGAGGUUGAAAUAACUGUUCGAGGUCUACACAUCUGCUUUGUAUGCAACCAUUGGUAAUCCCCCAGACUCCUUUACUAAGGCGAACUGGUCUGGCAACAGCAGGAUACUGUUGUGGCCCUGCAGCCAAACACCUGUCCACAUUAUGUCCCAGUAAAACAAACAUAAACCACAUUCAGCAAUCAAAAACUACAGGCUUUGUUGAUAGGAAUUUCCUGAUCUGAUAUUGAUAUCAGAUAUCAGCAAAAAAACUAAUAUCCGAUUAUAUCAGCCUUCAUCUAAAAUAUCCGAUACAAGCACUCUGAUACAAGCAGUCCAUUCCAGACUCCGCUCCGGCACCUCUAUCUAGCAGCGCCUGGAACCAGCAUGCAGAGCCAGCGUAAUCACAACAACACUGUGUACUAAGGUACUAACAAAGUACAACAGUGUGUACUAAGGUACUUACAAAGUAGCAAGAAGUAGGAGUGAUGUCGGCAGUGUGGCAGUAUUUUUUGUGUAAGUCUGAAAAAGACGUUGCAGCUGAGUGCAAAACUUGUCAUGUACAAGUUUGUGCAACUAUCAGUAUCAGCCGAUACCGAAGGCUACAGUAUCAGUAUUGUAACAGAGGUAAAAAAAAAAAUGUUGACACCUCUAUUCGUUAUUGAACUAACAGUUAACCAAACCACUGACAAAAAUCAAAACUAAAUCAACAAGUAACAACACAACUGAUACUCAAAUCAACAUAAAUGAUGACAACAACAAAGCUACAAAUCCCCGUCUGAGCGGCUGCAAACACUGUGCGAGAGCAGCUGUUGGCCCAAAGCAGGUGAACCCAGUCUGCUAACACUGGAUUCACCUGGACUCAGAAGCACGGACAGAACCAGCAGAACAGGAAAACAUACAAGAGUAACACCCAUGAAAAAAACUGAAGAUUUACUGUAUUUAAAGCCUCCUUUAAACGAGUUUGGCUGAUUUGAUUGACAGGUGACCUCAUCACUUUUUCUGUUUCUUAAUUGGCUGGAAGUUAGUUUAAGAAACACAAGGAUGGGGUCACUGUUUUGUAAAUAGUUUGUUGUGGUAUUGUGAUCAGUGUCUCAUGUUCGACUGUUGUAUAGUAUAAAUAGUUAGCACUAACUUUCAACACCGCAGCGCCGCCACACAGGUACUUAAUUUGAUAUGAUCAUGAUGAAGAUGGGGAGCAGUCCUCAGCACACCAGAGCGUCUCCGGGCUCAUUUGGACAGGCGUGACGGUUUAAUCUCUCCGUCCUGAGGAUUGAGAAUAAUUAUCUGUGGGUGACAGACGCAGCUUAUUUGAUCAGCUCACACAGGUGACUCACACGAGGAGAGUCUCAAACAAAUGAAGACUGAGAACCUUCAAGCUGCUGGUGCUGCAGGAUCCUGCUUCAUUUACCGUCAAGCUGUCCGGUCCUCAAAGCCAGAGAGACAACUCCAGCUGCUCACACGUUUGUUUUAGGGAAAUAGAACAAAUUAGAGGGUUUUUUGUUGUUGUUUUUUUGUGGGUAUUUAAUGUCUGUCAUUACAAGAUUCAUUUCAUUUUACUGUUUGUUCUGAACCUUGUGUUCGUAAUUGAAAAUCCUGGGGGGUCCUGAGAGUGACACACCUCUGUGCAUGUACUCAGACAAGGAUACAAGAAAUAAUUUUGACAGAUUUAAGGUAAAGUUUAUAUUUAUGUAUUAAAAUCAAAUAAUUACUCAAACUUAAUAAGGAAAAACUGAAACUGCAAGAAGAAAACACUGGUAAUUUCCAGGGUUAGUGACUCUUUCACUUCAAUUCAACUUUUCAUGUCCUCUAAAAGAAAAGUAAAAAGUAAAUUAUCCUCUGAUUGGAAAAGCUUCACCUUUCUAAAAAAUAAAUGAGUUUUUAGUCAGUUGAGAUCCGUCCUUAUUGGUUCAUAAAACAUCCUAAAAUGUUCGACAGAGCUGCUUCAUCGGCACCGCUAACUACACCUGAGAGAUAUCAGAGAUGAGAAGCUCCUGGUGCCAUACAUCCGGCUUCAGCUAAUGUAACAGUCAAUGAUCUGUAACUCUUAAAAAAUGAAAGUAAAGUUAGUUUUGAUUGCAAAGAAAACUCUGAAGUCUGAUUUAAAGGAUAUAUAUCAGAUGAAUGUCCUCGGGGUGUUUUGUGCUCUCUGACUGUAAAGUUUUAAUCACUCUUUCUUCUGCUGUUCCUUCAAAACCGUUUCAGUCAAACUCGGCGCCUCUCUGCUGUGUUUGUUACUCUCAAAGCUCAAUGUUUGUUGCACUGCUUUGAGCCUCAAGGCCACCGUAGACAAAAACUCCACAAUAAAUCUAUUGAAAUUUCUAAUUUGUGACGAGCAGGAGAUGAAUCAGAGGGAUGUCAGUCACCAUCUGACUCAAUUGUUCACGAAAUUAAUUCCCUGUUCCCCGAAACUCUGAACUCUGAAUUAUGAUGAUCUAUUAUUUCCGCUGCCGAUGACGAUCUCUGUGUGCCUCAUUUUCCAAAAAGCAGACAGGAUUAAAGUUUAUUAAAUACGUACAUUUAUGCUUUUAGAGUCAGUCCAGAAAUACAUUUAAGAGACUCUUCUUUUGGACAUCAAAACUAACCUGAAGUCCAGCUGCUGGUUCACAAAGGUCUGACACCAAAAAAGCUCUGCUCACACCCAUUUAUUUAUGUAAUAUAGUCAUGUUCUCAGGAGCACCUGGAUUCUUCAAGUUUCACAUCUGGUCCAGACUUAAACACCAGAACAGCUGUCAGAUGAGAGUGAGAACUGCUCGACUUGAAGUCACUUUAAGGAGUUUGUUUACAUGGUUUAGAUGAGAAGAGCUUCCACAGGGACGAUCACACACACAGUUUGUUUUUGCAGUUUGUGUAGGAGUGUGUCUCUGUGACGGUACAUGUGUUACCUCGUGUUUGACAUGCAACAUACAGAAGAAAAUACCCAGAAUAAAGACUUUUCGUGUGUUGGUUGGUGAACGUUUCUUUGUGCAUCACGUGUUGGAGAGCAUGCAGCGCAUGUGUUUCUGUCUCUGAGUCAUCCGACCAGUUGGUGUAUCCACAUGCCAGCCUGGCUCAUCUUUGGCACCCAGCACUCCCCCACACUGACGGCAUUAUUCAACACUGACAGAACUCAUCUUCACUUUAUUCUGAGUCUCUGCAGCUCUCCUUCUGUCUGUUACUGCAGCUCCACUGCACACUAACUCAUGUCCACAUCACAACCUGAACCAGUCCAUCUCAGAGGACUGUGAGGCUGCUUCAAGUGGUAACAGAUGAAAAUGUCAGGGGAGGUAGUUUUUUUACUUUUUUUAUCAGAGUCAUGCAGAGAAGAAAAGUUUGACUUUGUUAAUAACAGUGCAGAAAAGAAGACAGGGUGAAAAUCGGCUGGAUGUUCUGAAGCAGCUCAAACACUGACAAACCAGCUCAAGUAAGGUGGGAAGGGGGCAACUAGAAAUCCUGGUGAUAGCUCAUCUCCACAUAGAGGAAAAUAUAAACCUUUGAAUAUGUUCAGAAGGAAAAUACUGACAAAUCAAAGUAACACUACAAGGGUUUAAAGGGAUAUUCUUGUGAAAGUUUAAGUUAUGGUCAAACACACCGUAACACCGAGUUAGACACCCACUUGAGAGAUGAAUGUCAUCGACCGCUUGCUUCUCUAGUUAUACCAACUUUAGCAACGACCACACGUUAGCAAUACACAGCGACUCCUCGCACAAACCUCAACCAAAACGCCACUCUAUAGCCACAAAUAAUGCUCAGAACUGCACCUAACUUCAUCAACAGGACAUAUAGGAUCCCAGCCACAGUACUAGCCACCAAAGUCGAUCACCGAGUGCAGCGGAGUUUCACAGCUCAAGGAAGAACAUUUAUGAUCAUUACUUUAUGGAAAUGUAAUCAGACCGAGACACUAAGGCAGAAGAACUACCGUGUCUGCAGCGCAAAAUGAUUAAGAUGAUGAUUAUUACUUCAUGAAAACGAUCUGCUGCACUCGGUGAUCGACUCGUCAGGGCUCCCCAACAAACAAGUGACUUCUUUUAAUGAGUAAAAAUGCCCCAAGAACUUGAUUAAAACUGCAUGCACCAUGCACUUGAAGCUCCAGUGAGGAGACUUUAGCUGGUUAUGAAACAGAAUAAAUUAAUAGAGAUGCGUCUAUGAUGUCUCCAACAAAACUCCAAUAAAGCAUUGUAAAAUCCAGAUUUUGAGUGGUGUGGAAGAAAUGGACAGUUUUGUCCCAGUGAGAAAAAGUUUUAAUCUGCAAGUCUCCAAUCCACAAUGUGCAGUCUCUGUCCGGCUGUGAAGCUCUUUCUCCUGCUAGCUCCCCCUACAGUAGAUGGGCUCUGUAGAGGUAACGUCUGCUACUAUAACUCUGUCAUGACUCGGUUCACCUCCUCUGCUGAGCACUAGUUGUUAUAAGAUUUGAGAAAUCUUUUUAAUCAAACCAGCUCUCCAAAGCGUAUACAUUCAUGUUGCAUUAAUCGAGCCACCAAAUUAAACCGUUCAUUUACUGAAACUCAAACUGCAUGCAUCGCGUCACAGCAAUAAAGCCUCUGCAUCCAGUACUUGCAUUUACUGAGCAUCAUGCAUAUGUUGAUUUAACUAUUUAAUAUCCAAUACUACAGCAGGAAUAAUUAUUUCUUUAGGUACGAUAAAGAAAUAUUUAGCUUGUUGCUCCUCUUGCUGUUUCUGUAAAUUUUACCUAGCAUAUCUGAGAAUAAAACACCAAAAAAAAAAACCCACUCCACUGGCGCAGAAUGUCAGGACCAAACACUGUGCUGAACUGUGGGUGUACUGUAUUGUAGCAUCCCUAUUGUGAAGCGCUAACAGCCCUGUCUUAUAUGUUAAACAUCUUUUGUUGACUCCCUCAUCCAUCCUGACCUCCUUUCAACACAGAUUUAUCACAUCGUCGCCUGUCAUGCUCCUCUGCUCUCGUCUUAAUCACCACAUUAUCACUUCAGGGUAAACACAUGUCCUUUUGAGUCCAACGCUGUCUCUCUAAACUUGGGAGGACAGGCUCUGAUUACUCCACGUUGACUGUUAUGUAUCUCGGCGGAGUUUAUUUAUGCUAAACGCUGUUUUGUGCGUCCGUGUUGACUGAAAAGAUGAUAAACACAACCUGGAGUUUACACCUGGGUGGAAACUGUCACAACACCUCAGGCGUGAUCAAUGAAAUUCUGGAUUAGGGGUAGGGUCUGUUUGCUCAGUGUGCCGGUGCAGAUAUCUUAGUGCUGAUAAUAACGCAGGAAUAUUUCUACUCCCAAAAAAACAAACAAUUCAGAGAGGCGGUUUGAGAAAAAGGGACGUGAUGUAUUUCUACCCACAACAAAAUCAACAGAUGGUCAUCUCACGCUCCAUUUCUGUGCAUGUUGGAUGCUUUUUUCCUCUCCAGUUUUCACACAUCUAUUUUUUUUUUUGGUGAUGAGGCACAUUAUGUGUUUUGAAAGUUAAACAUGCAUGAGAGAGCCGACUACACAGACAAUAGAAGUCUGUUUCAUGUUUACAGGCACAGUCACACUUUGUCAAAGUGUUUCAUGAUUUGAAACAUUGAGCCAACAAACACCAGCAGGUUGGAAAUAGUGUUGGGCGAUGCAGCUCGAUCCUGUUUUGUACUAAAUAAGCGCCACAGUGAUAUCAGUAUAAUGACCUAUGUUUUGAUACAUGGACUCUGCACUCUCAUCUAUUACUGCUCUAUUUCUAAACCUGAGGGGAAAUCAGGCUGGAGUCCAUUAGGAGUCCAUUUGUUGUGACGCAUUUCAUAAAUUUCCAUAAUCAAACUGCAAGUCAUCCACUUAUUGAAUUAAAUAUCCAUUAAAUAUAACUUUGGGCAUCUAUCCAACCCACUGUCAUCACCCCUUAAAAGCUGGACACAUUAUUUCAGACGGAUCGAUAGUGCCGGAAAACUACUUUCUUUGUGAAAUUUAUAUUCAUGCCUUUUUAUGAGGUAUUAAAGCUAAUAAGAAUAUCAAAAACCAGACUGAUGACUUUCAAAGUGUAAAAUUUAAUGCUUGAAACCCAUGCGGCAAGGUAGGUGCCGGCCAAGCAGCUGGAGAAACAGCCUGGUUUGACAUUUUUCACAUCAAAUAUUCGUAAGAAAUGAUAAAUUUGACUGUCAGGAUCCAGAAUUAUAAGAGUUUUUGUCACAAAACUAAAGAGGACAAGAUAAGCUAAGAGUGGUUUGUCCACAGGGGGCGCCAAAUUCACACAAACUGAAAAUUAAUCACUGGAGCUUUGUAAACAAACAUUUGAAUACAAUAGAAAUACUUAAAGCUGCUAUAAGGAACUUUUGGUUUGUGUUGAUUUUAGCUUCCCUGGUGGUCAAAAUGAUACCUCUUUUGUCUUGUCCUGUUCGUGAAAGUAGUGUUUUUGAGGGGGUCUGGCUGCAGACCUCCACUGUAAAGACCCAGGAUUACGUUUUUUCUCACGUGCUACACUUUGUUUUAGCGGUGAAGAUAGUCAAGUGAUAUGUAAAUGAGUCCAAAAGUGCAGGAGGCGACUUUUCAAUGAUAAAUAGUAUAAAAGCAAAGAAAAAAAGUAUAUUCACUUUCAAACCCAAUCAUUUUUUAUUUAAAAGGCUUUAAAUCAACGACCGGUCCUCACAGUGGAGGUCUGCAGCCAGACUGUCUUGGUGUUGUCAGACAAAAUAAACUCUACCGGUUGUCUUGUAUGAAUGAGAUAUAUCACUUACUGUAAGAAUUUCAGCCUGCUGUCAAUCAUCUGGUCUGACACCUAAACCCCUUACAGCUUAUUUAAGCCUCCAGAUUUACUACAGUGGAAUUAUUGGACCGCCCGAUUCGUAGGACUGAAAGUCUUUGGCACAAUAUUAAAAAAAAAGGUCUUGUACCAAGGAGAGCUUGCUUCAUAUUCUUAGAGAGUCCAUAGAGAGUGAUUGAGAUUUCCUGUGUUUCUUAAUAUCCACUUCCUCUUAUUCAUGUGGAUUGUUUGUUUUGAAUGUUAUGUAUUUAUAUGUACUACUCGAGAGGCAGCUUCCAGAUCAACUUGAGAUGACACAGAUAAGCACCCGGCGAAGAGGCCCAUCCCGCUGCUCCCUCGCCCAAACAUUUAUGCUCUACUAAUUAGUUACAUAACCCUCCAUAUGGCCCCUAACGUCCCCAAACACCCAGGCAUGAUGAGAGAUGGAGAGAGCCAGCAGAAGCUACCAAGCAGGCUCCUCUCUUCAGUGUUUUGUUGAGUUAGUCCACCCUCCCCAUCCUGCCCUGGUUGCUCUGCUGAUGCUGAUGCUGAUGCUGAGGAGGUUACCAUGAGAACCGGAAGCUCUAAAACUUGGAAGAGAUUCAUUUUGACAGUGUUUUACAAAAUCUAAAAUUAUUCUUUUUAAAUAGAAAGAAUCGGAUUUCCUCGCCAAACAGAUUGGAUUUAGUGGAAAAUGUUUUUCAGCCAAUGUUCUUCAGCCCUGUCUCGACAUUUGUGUAUCCGAGUGAUGAUUCAGUGAAGAGGCUGCGGAGAGUCUGAGCCCUCCUCCAGGCUCAGACUCAGAGUCUGCUCCACAGAGACUGUCUGAGGGUUUAAGUAGCUUUCUCUCUGCUCUCUCUUGAACACUAAAUCAACUUUGUUUUCUUGUCUCAUUCUCAAGACCUUCCUUUUUACACCCAAACACUCAAAGCAAACAGUUUCUUUGUGUUUUUUAUGCAGUAUGUUAGUCCUUACACAGAUGGACAUCCCUCCUUCCAAUGCCACAGGAAACUGUCACACUUCAUGCGAUCAUAUAUUUUCUACCUCAGGAAACAGUUUGGGAGGUCCUUUCCUGUUUAAACCUGACAAUGAGCCUGAGCACAAAGCCAGGAGCCAGACACACUUAGAUAUUUUAGACCAGACUGUACAAGAAGUUCAGGACGGCAUUUCAUGAGUUAUUAGACCUUUAAACAGCAUUUAUCAGCUGAGACCAGAUUCAGAGGGGAGCAGGGCCCUACCCUUCCUCCCGUCUACACAUCGAGUCACAACAGAGGUAUGAACCAGGCUUAACUGCAUUCAUUUGCAUUCUUUUAAUAGCCAGCAGAGGACGACUCUUCUUGUCCAAAUCUGGUCACCUCUGAAUCCAAAAACAGACAAGAUGGUGACAACCAAAGCCCAGAAUUUCAGACUUUCAAAGAGCUGGUUUCCGAACAAACGGGUUGUAUCCAAACCACAAACUUAAGUCCUAAAGCUUCAGUGACAGUCCAGCCUCACCUGAGACUGGCUGCUAAAGCCAAUCAAUCCCCAUUAGAUCCAAUGUCAAACAGAACAUUUAUAAGGAAGCAGCUUUAAUCACAUGUUUGGUCUUGAUUGUUAAUUUCUCUCAUCAUGAGCCCUUUAUCUGGAGGAAGAUUUUUAUAUUGCAUCCGUUUGAUUAGAGUACGGCUAAGAGUAAUGCAUUCAUUUGCAUAAUUUGUAUAAUUAUAGGAGCAUGGCAGGGUUUUUAAAGUGAUCGGUGGGUCACUUUGCUUUAAUAGGAUAUGACAGCCUAAAAAGAGACUGGAAAUGAGAAGAAUAGAGAGUGGAGGAAGAUGCGCAGCAAAGGGUCAUGACCAGGAGUCAAACCAGCAACUACUUCAACAAGGAUUAUAGCCUCUGUACAUUUCUGUAUAUGAGCAAUUUCUUUGUUGUUUCAGCCUUGGUGUCCAUGUUCUAAGGCUGGGUGAUAAAAUUUACAGAUACCGAAAUUUACGACAAUAACCGAUGUCUUUCUGCCCAUGUCAAUACAUUGUUGUAUUGUAUAUCAAUAUAAAAAUCAAUAAAUAAAAGUUGAUUUUGGAUGUGUGUAGGUAGGCUAUGGUCUCAUGUCCCUCUAAGACGCUGUCCUACGUCAGAGUCGUGACUCCACUCCAACCUGUCUAUAACAAAGAAAGACAGGUGAGGAGAUGGAGGACGGUUCAAAAGUUUAUGUGGGAGGGGGUGAGCAGCUUGUGGAGUAGUUAUCGUCCAUUUAUUGUUAUCAAGGUGAGCUGCUCAAUAUAUCGUGAUAUUGAUUCAAGGCCAUAUCGCCCAGCCCUAACAUAUUCUUUUGGCCAUGUAGGAUUUGACUCUCUCAGACUCAAGCUCUGCAAUCAUCAGUUUUUAAACCAGAACAAAAGCUCUUUAUAAGAUUAGCAGGUUUAGGUGUUCCUUUUAUUCUAAGAGUUUUACCUCAGAGACUUACAAAUAAGCAAACACUGCAAAAAAAACAAAAAAGCAAAACGCUUUUAUCAGCCUCGAGCAGGUGAAUAUGCUUUGAAAUGGGGACAGCCAACGUGCUCAUGAGACAGGAAGCAAACAAAGCAGACGUGAGAGCAUGAGACUUGUUGAAUAACCCGACUCUGUCUGUGUUUUUAGGAGGAGGAAGAAGAAGAAAUCGGGUUUGCUGAAGGAUCCACAGAAGGUGAGUUUAUGAAGCGACUGAUUUGAUUGAUCGUCUGCAAAACACACAAAGAAAAAACAUGCAAAGUCCAGACACAUUUUACCACCAGAGAUUUUUCAGCAGCCGACUCCAUUCAGCGUUUCUUCACACACACAAACCAACACACAAUGAUCCGCCUGAGUAAAUGCCAUAUGUGUCAGGUAACUGCUAUUCACCGGCAGCCUCAGUGAACUCCUCUCUGCAGCCGUGUGUGUGUGUGUGUGUUUAUCAGCGAGCUCCGCAUCAACAGUAUUGAUCGUGUAAUGGAUGGGGAGGGAGGCUCAUCUUUUGAUUCAGGGUUUAAACUAGCCAAUCGCUAAGCUAACACCUCCCUGUAGCAAGUAGACAGGGAAGAGGAAGAGGAGGGAGGGAGGGAGGGAGGGGGGCGCCCAUUUGAUCAGGCCUUGAGACACUUUGGCAUUCGACUGUGCCAACGCUGGGUGCGGUCGUUGGCUGGACACACUGUUCAUAAAGCUUUUUAGGGAACAGCAGAAACACACAAACACACACAUAUAAGGCUGAAGUACCAACAGCUGCUCCUCCUCCCGCCAUAUUUGGCCAAACUCCUCCACUGGACAAAAGAAACUAUACAUGUCGGCUGCAGAUGUUAAAAAUAGCCCCUAAUCAGCAGCUUGGUCUCCUACUGCUCUGCUCUAAAAGUCCAUCAGUCUUCUUGGAGAAACUGAACCUCAAUUUGCUUUUGAAGUGGAGCCAUUAAAUAGUUUUUGUGAAUGAGCUAAUCAAUUUUAAUGGGGAAGUUUGCGGCCUCUGUCAUCAGUCAUAAAUUUGUGUACCUGAAUGAUUAAUGGCGGCAAAAAGAGUACGGCACUCAAAGUGAUUGCAGUCUGGAGAACUACAGGCACAAUUAUAGUCCUGAAAAAGUUCAUUUUUUUCCCCAUAAUUUUAAUCAAAAAGUGACGCUUCCAUAGAUUUUAUAUUCAUCACACACAAAGUGAAACAUUGCAAGACUUUCUCUGUUUGAGUCUCAAUGAAUACGUUUAACAGAAAACAACAAAAUCCACGAUCUGAGAACAUUUAAAAAUCAUGGAAAAGUCCAGUUUCUUGUCAGUUCUUUCAGUCCUGGGAAGAGCUGAACAACUCUGAACAGCUGUAAAGGUUUACUGAGCCUUUAUUCUCUUACUCUGGUUCAGUCCACACAAACACAAUCAUGGGGAAGACCAGAAGAUGAUCCCUGAGGAUAAAGUCUGGCUGGUCAGAGAGUGACGUAUCAAAGCAGAUUAAUGGAAAUUGUCAGGAGCGAAAGUGCUCAAGGAACAGGUAUGUAGUCAGAGCAUCAAGAGUCACUACACACCCAUAUUUCCACUGUCAAGAUGCUCCUGAACCAGAGACACCAUCGGAAGCGUCUCACCUGGGCUGAGAGAGAACUGGACUAUCGCUCAGUGGUCCAAAGUCCUGUUCAGUAACUUUGGAAAUCUUUUGGAAGUCAAAGUCCCAGAGUCCGGAGGAACCCAGAGAGACACAGAAUUCAACUUGCUCAAAGUCCAGUAGGAUGUUUCCACAGUCUGGGAUUAUGCGGAUCAUUUGCUGUGUUGGUCUACAGCCUGAAGUCUACCAGGGAAUUUGAGAGCACUUCAUGUCUCCAUCUGCAGAGAAGCUUUAUGGAGAUACAGACUUCCUGGCAUCUGCCCACAGUGCCAAAACUACCAGAAACUGGUUCGUUGACUGUGGUAUUACUGUGCUUUAUCAGCCUGACCUGAACCUCAUCGAGGAUCUUUGGGGUGUCAUCAAGAGAAGAUUGAGAGACACUAAAGAAACAAUUCAGAUGAACAGAGAAAGUCUGGAAAAAUUUCACUCUGUGUCUCAUGAAACAUGUUCAGUUAUGAAAAGUGUGUCAGAAAGUUUGAAAGUUUGCUGCUUACGUUGAGCUGCAGAAGUUAAACUUUGUCACUUCUCUCGUUCUUCUCCGACAGGUUAUUGUACAGAACAGAAGAAACCAAAGGUCGUCUUCGUGAUGGGUAAGUACGUGACUGAGCAUCCACUCACACACGCACUCACACACAGGUGCAAUACUGCUCUGCCGGUGGUUGUCUGCAGCUGUAAAACUGUUACACAUCUACGCAGAUUUACAUGCACACACACACACGGAGAAACAGUGAAGCGUAGAGACGACAAGUUUCAAAAGGACAGGACUCAGCGUUUUUGCUCUGAUAGAAAAGGUGCGUUCAGGACUAUCACACACAGGAGAGCCCUAAAGCUCUUGUGAUAAUCGCUGCUGAAUAAAAAUGCGACACUGACAUUAAAUCCAAACUGUUCCCUCUGAACCUCCCCGAAAGUCUUAUUUUACUCCUUCAUAUGAAACUGUAGAUGUCUGACUUAUGGGCCACGCACCAGUAUAAAGAGACAAUCUGACAGUUUAAACUCAGUAGUAUAAGAGGCGAUAUAGACUCUCUAAUGAGCUAAUCUCUGUCUCAUUAAACUGAUUAAUUUCAAACAAAAUGGUUUUCAGAUGCAGCAGAUAAGUCACGCGUGUUGGUUUAGGAAGCGUUACCAGGUUUAAUGAGAGCAGCAAGAGGAGCUGGCGUGAACUAAAACAUCGACAUUGUUGAACCACAAAACAAUAAGCUAUUAAAGAAACGUUGGGGUUUAUUCUGUUUUAAAGUUAUGUAAAACUCUCACAGCUGCUUCAAUCACGUCUUUUCAAUCACAACAGAAAUUAUAAUAUGAUCAAAACAUGAUCCUCUACUUUUCUUAUUUAUAACAAUUUUAAUUUUUGAACAGCACUCAACGUGAAAAUGAAGCAGCUUUUUACUUAUGCUGACUCAUUACCUUAAAAACACACUCAGUGCAGCUGCUGAGAUGUACUAACAGAGCGAAUCCUGCUGGUGUGAUCAUGUUUGUGUAGCCUCAUUGGUCAGGGUUUUUUUUUUUUUUCCAAGCCUCUGCGAACAGUUUGGAGGCUCCCUGACACAGCGUGAGAACUCCUCACUUCUCUAUAAAAAGUUAAUGCCAGCCUCAGCCUCAGCCUCACCAUCAUCUUCUUUUAUAAACCUGCUCACCCCUGCUGAUCUGACAAAAGCUGAUCUCUUCAUCGACACACAAGAGACAGGAGUCACUUGCUCCCCAUCCACCUCCUCUCUCUGAAAUGCUGAUGAAGAGUGCGGUCAAAGAGUGAGACAGUCAUACAGCAAGGGUGGGAAAAUUGCAGCCUUAUAUAAGAGGUAAGAGAGGCUGUAGAGGAAUGGGAACAGAUGAAGUCAAAGGAAACUAAUUUAGCACCUUUGUUGCACAGAAGUUCAAUAAUAUCUCUUAUUAGAAUAAUAGUUUGUUACAUAUGCGUACUUGUAUCUGUUCUUCAUGUUUGUACUGUCAUUAAGGAGUGAAAAAAAGACCAUGUAGGUUAACCCAUAAUCACUGGUGGGAACAUUGAAGCAGGGUUGCUGAGUGAAUUUGCCCCAGAAAGAGGAGACGAUGAUGCCCAGAGGAAAAUACAAAGGGAAGAUUUCUCUUUUCUCUACUCCCACCUCCUCUUCUUCACGUUCCCACCACUAUCUCUCUUCCUCAUUUUAACUUCCCAGCACUGUGCAGAAAAUUACCAUUUUAACCCCCUUUCAGAGAAGCAUCAGCUUUUUUAUUGACUUUCUUGGCAGGAUGCAGAGGCAGGUCUUUUAGUUCGGCUUUUUGACAAUAUCAGAGUAAAAUUAGAGUUGUUAACACCUCACAGAGCUUGCCAGUAGUUGCAUAAAGCCUAAACUCUCUGGAGGUUUUAGUCAAGUAUAGUUACAAUUAUGCCAAGUGGGACACAUAAGACUAAACAGCAAGUGAAUCUCCAGCUUAACAACAGUCAAUUUGUCCGUUAAGGCAAACAGUGCCAUAAAUUCUUGACCAACAGACGACACAGUGGUACCUGACCAAUCACCACAGCUGUUGCGAUGACUUUGGUAGGAAGAGGGUCUGGGUUAGACGACACCCAGAAAUGCUAACAGCUGCUGUUUUUAACCAGAGUCCCAAAGUGCAUAAGAUACUUACCUUCAGUAUUUAUCCUUUGUUAAUGUUAGUUUAAAGGAAUAGGAUCCAUAAUGUAGGAAAAUUUACUGAUCUUUAAUAAACUGAUAGAAAAGCCUCUGAAGCACAUCUGAAAGCUGUCGGUCUAACAAAGCAAGUGGAUUUUUCCCCGGUCAGAUGUAUUUGCACUGGUCUACAUCACGCCAAAGCCCAGGUGACUAAAAGGAUGACACAAGCAAUAAUUUGACUAGCUUUAAAUUACAGGAGAGAGGGUGUAAAGACAUAAGGAGGGAUAUGACAGUGGCUAAUUUUGAUUGACAGGUAUGCUGUGUCCAAACAUGCAUCCCUGCUAGUUGCCGCUUGCACCCACCUCCCAUCCCAUCUGUUGCCCGGAGAACCGAAGGGUUUUUGGCUCAAAGUUCGAGCAUAAAUCCAAACCCUGACUCUCUACAGGAAAAUCUCCAGAUAUAACACUCUCUCUCUUUUACACUCUGUGUCCGUCACUCAAAGCUAAUUUAUUUUGACAUCAACAAAGAAAAGCCUGUAAAGUCUCUCCUGCUUGAUGGAUCCUGACAGUGGAAGGAAAAAUCUCUUCACAGCAGAUUCAAUCUUUUCUCGGGUAUUCAGAACUCAAUAAAUGCACUUUUGCACUUUCUAUGCCCUGAAAGAAUUUCUUGAAUCAUGGGUGAUGUUGGAAAUUAACGUCUAUAGAUGAAGCAUUUCAAUUAGCAGAGGCGGGUAUUUUGUCUAAGGCCCAUUUGUCAUCUAGACUGAUUAAUGCUCACAUAAAAAGUAUGACCUGCCGAAGCACAAGAAUGGAUUCACAAAUUAAAUUACUGUAUUUUCUUCAGCGCCACUUUGCCUCAUUUCAUCUCUGUCUCCUGCUUCAACCCCAUUUCAUAUAACUGAGGACACUGCUGUGACAGGGCUGUCCUGAUUGGUGGAGAGAUUUGGGCUUCUUAGUAAUAAACCUCCACCUAUUUUAAAGUCUGAUAGAGAAACUGACAAAGGCUGCAGAAGAUGUAGACGUCUGCUGCUGCUUUUACUUUACAUUCAAGUUUAAUACGAAUGCUGGGGAGCAAGUAAACCUCAAAGCUGAUUCAGAGAGGAGGUAUUUUUACUGGCUAAAAGAAGUCGCCUGUCAGACAAACUCUAAUUUGUUUCCUUUGGUUGCAUGAGAAAUAAAAUGUCAGCUGUGUGAAAGUAUUACAGGGUCGCUGAGAAAGAUCAGCGCAGUUUGUUAAGACAUAUUCCAGCAACCUUUAAAGAUGGGAGACUGCAAAAAACAAUCUCAUACAUCAAAUCUCGCAGCUUAUUCAAAAACCAGAGUAAGGACUUCAAAGAAGUAAUGCAAAAACCAUUGGUAUCGAAACUGACUAUUGGCUGAACUGUAUCUUAAACAUGAAGGAGGUUCGGGGGGGGGUUUAAUAUCAGGGCAUCUCUGGAUACUCAGGUCAACGUUUAAUACCAUCUCAAAGUCUUAUUCACUUACUGCAGAGACAAUAAUAGAGGUAUAACACUUUUUAGUGCUGUACAUCUUCUCUUACAAUGCAAUUAUUUUGCUCCAAAGAUAUACGAUAUCCAGCAAAAUCCUGACAGCGAUCUAUCAAUAUUGAAAAGUUUUCUUGAUUCAACACUGCGGGUGUUAAAGGAUGGAAACGGGCAUGGAUAAAGAUGUAUUAUCAGCAUAACAAUGAAAACUAGAUCCAUAAUUACCAAAAAAAUCACUAAAUGGUGAGGAACAGAAAGUAAAGAGGACCCACGAUAGAUCCUUGGGGUACACCAAACAUGACAGCAGAAGGGUCAACUUAUUGUGAUACUCAGUCAAUUCUGAAGGGCAAAUUUGGCAUUUAACCAGCCAUAAAUAUGUGUUCUCAGCAUAGAAAAAUAAACUGGACCCAUGAUUACAAACAAUUCUUCUUAAUGGGAACCAACAGAAAGUUGAGAGGAUCCAGGACAGAGCCUUGGGGUACACCAAAUACAAUAGUCAAAGAGUCACCUUAUUAUUGCGAUAUUCAGUAUAUUCUGCAAGAAAAAUUAUCUAAAAAUGAAUAUUCAAUCAUGAUAAAGAUUAGCUAGUGCAGCCUCUAAAUGACCUUCCAGACAGUGGACAGAUACAUUUAGUUUCCAGCUGGUAAUUACAGUGAUACAUUAAUGAGCUAAUUAGCUAUAUAUUUCCUUUAAAAGAUACUGGAGACUGAAAAAGGUGCCUAAAGGGAGUGAGUAUUUAACUAGAAUGUCAAAUGUUGCUCUGUUGUUUUUGGAUGUUCAAUUAGCAACUGUUUGCUGACUCGUUUGCCACGUCAUCAUUGACUAGCCUUCAACAGCCUGGCAUUGGCACAACAGCAGGUUUGUGAAAAGCUCAAAAUAAAAACGUACACAAAAAAUUUGACAACACUGACAAGGCAGUGAAAAUAAUAAACACAUCAUUAAAUGUUAUUGAAGAAUCAGAAAAUAAAUGCAAGCGAUAAGAAACAGCAGAAAAUAAGAAAAUACAGCACAGCUGCAUUACGAAUACAUCUCAUCUUGUCUUCAGCUUUGAGUUCAUCUAAAUUCAGAUGGUCUGAGAGAGAAUAUUACCUCGACACACAGAGGCAGUUCAUGCAGUGGGCUGGAGUCUGACCUGACAAACUUCCACUAACAAGCUUCUCAGGGCUUAUGCUUCGGCUCCGGUUGGUCAUUAUUUUAUUUCCUGGCAGAGGUGUCAAGCAGAGGAGGAAUACUUUAGAGAGUAGGCGUGGGAGGGAGACUGUGCAGCGUUUUGAGACCGGAAAAAAAACAUUAAGUCUGUAAAUUUAUGCUGAAUACACAAUGAAUGAAUCUAAAACAGCCCCACCUCCUUAUAGACCUCCUCUGACGUUCAUGGCAUACCUGGGUAGACUGAGCUCUCGCAAGAACUGAUGAUUAGGAUGUCUGUUUUUGAGCGCAGGUGAAAGGUGGUGGUACUUGAGGAGAAUUCUGAUGAAUGAGAGGCGCAGCCUGAGUUUUAUUACCAGGCCCAAGGCUGGUUAUGAUAAAUCACCUCUUCCUGCUGGAGCACCACACAGCCUCAUGGCCAUGUAAUGCAGUUAACCUGUAAUAAAACUCCUGCAGACCUCACAGCAGAGCAGUGGAGCGGCCUGACUGCGGAGAUAUUCUUAUAUAUUUUCUUGUGAACAAGCAAAAACUCAGUUAAAUCCUUCUUCUUAUGGUUUUGUUUGUAAUCUACUUUUGAGAAAAGCAGAAUUAGAUUUUAAAAAUGAAAAAAAGUAAAGACUUAGUGGUCAAACGCUACUUUAACAAUAAAGGCAUAGCUUGAAGGUUCAUGCUGGACUUUGGCCUAGGUUACUUUUCAUUUUAGGUUUGUAGCUCAGAACAAAACAGCUUCUUUUUACAUUUUUCUUAUAACUGGUUUGUGUAAAAAGUGUCCAAUUCUGUGGUAGAAUAUUUAUCUUGAUUAACAGAUAGAUUUUUAUCUUAGGGUAAUAAAUAAAAAGUUUAGUAAAAAUACAGAAUCAGCCUUUUCUGGCUUGGUUUGUUAUGUCACCUCAUUCUUAUUUCAUCCCUUCCCUGUCUGUAUUUUUAAAUGCUUUUAUGCAUGUGUUCUCAGGUGGUCCAGGGUCGGGUAAAUCUCUGCAGUGUGAGCGGCUGGAGGAGAGGUUCGGCCUGCGUCGCGUCACUCUGGGAGACCUGUUGUGCGCUGAGCUGCAGUCUCACAGCGACAGAGGGCGACACCUGCGGGACGUUCUGGAGAGAGGGGAGCAGCUGCCUGAGGUAAGUGAAGCACUUUAGGUCUGCUGUUAGAGGACAGGAGAUACAAUUAUAAAUCUGUGCAGGGAUUGUUUUUCUUUUAAGAAAAAUCUGUGACCAUUACAAGCCACACCCCAGAGUUUUUUUUUUACUGUGUUUGGCAUCAUGAGAUUUGGGGCCCUUUUAAAGCGAUUUCAAAUGUACGUCCUAAAACCUUAAUGGUUGGUGUAAAUUAGGGCGUGUCCAACUAACUUUUGUAGCUUCAUAGUUUUGACGCAGACAAUGUUACAGAUGAUUACAAACCAUUUUACUGAAUGGUAACCAACAGGAAGUUGCUUUGAGUGUCUGCUUAAUGAAACAGUGAUGUAACGAAAAGUUUAGGGGACCCAGGAGAGAGCCUUGGGGCACGCCAAACAUAACAGUGGAAGACUCAGCUACUCAUGCAAACGGGGAUGGCCGCUUAAUGCGAGGAAGAUGUGUGAGGUUACAGCAGUGACUGUGCCCUUGUCUUCUGGCAUCCUAUACUGUAUCAUGGUGUAAGGCAGCAAGUAAAGAAAUACUUGUGUUCCCAAGCACUCCUAACAGAUACUUGAUUUCACAGCAUCAGAAAAGACCUUGAUAUUUCCCUUUGAGAGUGUGAAGGUCUCAUACUUCGAGGCACUCUUCUCUUCCAUCUGCUGAAACUUUGUUCACAUCCUGAAAGCACUCCGGAGAUGAAACGCUCUGAGUAAAAAGGUUUUAAAAAAAACUUGGCAUCUGUGGCUGUUAAAGGCCCGCACGAAGCCCAUCUAAUCAUCUCACUGGUUUGUCUCCUUGUCCACCUUUAGACACCCAGACAUGUCCUUAUUGUACAUGAAAAAAGUCCUUCACAGCCUUUUAACAGGAUUCUCAGAAAAAAAGCAGUUUGAUGUGGUUUGCGAUGUCAAGAAUCCACUGCUCCUCUCUGACCAGCGCUCUCCUAUUAACUACUGAAAAAGCUCAGAUAUAUGAUGAUGGCCAACUUCAAAAGAAAGUUCUCAAAUUCAUCAAAAUCAAAAGUCUGGGGUGAAAUGAUUAAAGUUGCAAAAUAUGUAAGAAGUUUUCUAAUCUCUGUGCUAAAAAGCUUUGACGUAAGUAGAAGUUUUUGAUUGGAUUUGCUCGCCAAAAAAACCCUUUUGUGGUCUCAGCUCUUUGAAACUCUUCCUCAAACUUGUACUUUUGACCGCCCAAGUUUUAGAAAAGUUCCAGCUGUCGGCCACUCGACAUUUUCUGAGGGUGAAAUCAAAAGGCACUUACCACCAAAAAUACCAGAAAGUGUUUUUCUUCCUGUGGUCUGGUUUGUUCAGACCUCGGGAGCUUUUACCGGACCUGCUGGCUCAAAAACAACAGACUUGUUUCUGAGUGCCUGAGAGGAUGAUGACGGUGUACGAAGAGGGUUUUUUAGGCACAAAAGAUUUUGAGAUUUAACUAAAAUCAGUCAUCCAUUUGACCAAAUAGAAAUUAAGACUGAGGCGUAGUCCUCCUGACUGAUCACACAUCUAAUUGCAUGGUUUAAUUAUACAGUAUAAGCAAUAAUUUCCUGAGUCUAAUUUGGAAAUUAAACAAGUGAAAUUAAAUGUGUGUAAUGAUUUUAACUUUUAGAUCAGUUAUUCAAAUUAAUGCCGCACUGCUACACCAGUCUGAUCUGAAAUUAUCACUUAGAGGUUUACAGCAACUCAGAAAACCGUCAUCCACUUGAAAUCACAAUAACGACACGGUCACCAUCACUACUGAGUGCUGAGUUAUUCACAAAGAGCUGGCUUCUCUGAAGUAGAAGGGGACUGUCUAGACCAAAACAGCUGUAUCAGUCAGUCUACCACGGUGGACGACAGAGAAGAAGAGCUGUGUACCCCACAGAGGCUUUUUCUUAAACAGGUAGAAAGAGACUCUGCUGAUCAAAUAGAGUUUCCAAACAUUUAGGAAGCAGACAGAAACCCUGCCUCACUGUUACAUAAGUACAUCAUUAAAACUUAAGUAGACUUUAUAGUUGUGUUAUUGUGACUGCUGCAUUUCUGUUCAAGUAAUCAAAACGUUCAAUAGAGUUUAUUGAGAAUAUCAGCAAACAUACUUUUUGCCAUUGUCCUGAUGUCACACCUUCUGACACUGUCUGUUCACACUCUAUUGUAGUCAGCUCACAGCGAUAGUCAACACCCAUCUUGCAGACAAUUUCAACAUUUUUUAAAUGCGUGGGUCCUCUAAUGAAUUCAAAACCAGGAUAUAAAGUGCAAGCAGUGAUUACAGAUUUGGCGAAACAUCAAAUCAACAAAUAAAGAUGUCACAGAAACACCCACACUGUUUGAUUGACGGCUGACAGCAGUCACGAUGUAGAGGUCCGAGCCAACAAAAUCUUAAAAUUUAACAGAUCAUUAUUCAAUAAAGAGAAACAGCUGAAGAUGUUCGAAAAUCUACAAAGACAAAGCCUCUGUAUACUGGGAAAGUGAAAAUCAAACACCCACCACAGCUCUCAGACUGAAACAAAGGAACCCCUGCUCUCCUGCCAGAGGUCUAAUGAAAUAAACAGGAGAGGGAGCACUGCAGCAGCUGAAAUAUUAUACAGUCAAGGGUGCUCAAAAUGGCUUUUAUAGAGAUUGAGCAUCUAUACACUCAGACAGAGGCCUGGCUGUCUGCGCCCAUACAGGAGCUGGAAAUAGAGAGUGCAAAUCAGAUAAAUCAUCUACAGCUCCAAACACUCUCAGGAGGAAGACACGUUUUUCUGAGAAGACGUAAACGAAUCACCGUCUAACAGACACUGUACGCUCUGUAGUUUAAUGGUGAUGUACGGCGGGCGCUGUGCAAACACUGAAGCUCAUCAACAUCCACUGUUUCUACGAUAACAAGCUCAAAAUACAGUCAAAACAACACUAAACCUGAUCGUGACAAUCUGUUCGAGCUACUUAAGUGAUGCCGUAAAGUUUGACAAUCCUCGAUACGAUGUCAUUAAUAUAAGUGAAGUAGCUACUUAGAUUAUCUAAAGAGAGCCGAGGGAGUCAUUUAUUUUAAAGAUGCCCUCAAGACAUGAAUUAUUAAGGGGAGGAACAAGUAUACACACAUCUUUUAGUCGGUGAAAGGAGCAAAAACCACAAUGUAGGAAAUAAUCCUCUGUUAGAGACAUGAAGUACAGCAGGAUAUGGUGUACAAGAUCCACUUUUUAUACAUUUUUGUCAUCUAAAAACUGAGCUGCAUCCUUUACACCGAUUCCACCAUUACCUAGUAAAAAAUAAUGAGAGAGAGUGGAGCCACUAUGAUAAAACGCAAUGCAACUUUGUGAAAUCAAGCCUUAAAAAUUAUGGAUGAACAGCAAACCCAGCAUAUGGCACCGCAGUCACAGUUUCAUUUGCUCAGAUUCGAUCAUCUUUUCAAAUUAACCACGCUUGUUAGAGUUUUUAAAAGCUCACAAAACUCAGCACCAUCAAUUUUUCAUGAGGAGGAGAACAGCUCGUGGCAAUGUUAAAACUGCUCAUCGUAAGACCUCUCUUUGGACGUCAGCUUUUCCAUCAAAUGCUCUCAAAUAGGACUGGACGAUAUGACCUCGAAUCAAUAUCACCAUAUAAUGAGCAGUUCACCUUGAUAAUGAUAAAAGGACGAUAAUUACUUCACAGUCACGAUCAUAUAAUCGCCCAAUCCUACGUCAGUUAUUGUCGUAAAUUUCGGUAUCGGUAAAUUUUCAGUUUAUCCCCCAGCCUCACUCUUAAAUGUGGAACAACACAAAGAAGCAAGCAGCCUCUGAGUAAAACAAGCGGGAAACACAAGUGGACCAGUCUAGCAAUCAUAUUCUAACCUGAAUGUGAUGUGUGUGUGCAACAUCCAUAUUAGACCUUGAUCGCACCUCGAUGUGUCCUUGCUGAGAAGGGAUUCAUGAAUUCUUUAAAAGCCAUAACACCGUUCAAUUCAAUAAUUCACACACAAUUCACUAACAUGCUCUGUUUCCUCCUGUAAAUUACCAAAAAGACUGAUUUUUCUCCACGUCUCUCAGAGUAGAUUUUUCUUUAAUCUUAGUGAAAACUUCUCUCACAGUAAAGAUUCUUUUUUCCGGGUAAAAGGUGAGAAAAACGUCUUCCUCCUGGUCUUAUUUUUAGCCUCCACGUUUAUGAUCUCACUUGCAGAAAUUAUGAACAGAUGUAUUUUUUCAGUUGAUAGGUAUUAAUCGACAAUAAUGUACCUGUGUUUGUCAUGGAGCUGUUUGAAAUGCACAGCCACGUAUGAGUGACAUUUCACAUCAAAGAAAACACGUCCCGCCUGUCAAUCACGUACGCAGCGCCAUCAGCAGCCUCACAUGAUCAAAGGUGUAAAUGCACAUACACUCACAGCACACUGCGUAUGUGUGCAUGUGUGUGUAUUUGAGGACAUGGGUGAGUCACUAAUAUUGAUUGGAGUUCACACGUGUCAAACUUGAAAAGAUAUCCAUUGCAGCGGAGUGUCUGUUCAUUGCCAAACUGGUGUCUGGAUUUUCAGCCUUUUUACCUCUUCAGGGAGGAUUUAUUGAACUGUGUAUGAAUCAUUUCUCUGAACUCAACAUGACCUCCAAACUAAAAGGUAGCUGAAAAAUUUCAGGAUAAAUGGAUAGAGAAGAAAUCAGUUAGUCUAAUCUUUAGCUUUCUGUCAAUAAACAGAAAACAUUUAUUAAAAAAAUUCUCUACAUAGAUUUCUUUCUUAGACACUUAGAGCUUUUAGUACUAAUUACUUGAUGUGCCGAUGCAAUCUAUGGUAGCCACAAAUGAAGACAAAAUCAACCUUGUAUGGAAAAAAGUAUUAAAAAUGUCAAUAACCGAGGAAUCAUUGCACCAAUUAUCAAAUCGAAUCGACAAUCAUUAUAAUCUAAGAAUCAAAGCUCCCAUAAUCCAAAUCGAAUCGUGAGGUACCCUUGUUGGAACACCCGAGUGAUUACUCUAUGUGCUUUUGGCAUUUUAUCUUAUUCCUAGUACUAAAAGUAUUCAUAAUAAUAGGUUCUUCCUGCUCUAUCGUGCACAAAAGGAACUGGAACAAACAAAUUUACUCCUGUGAUAAAUGUUUGCAGCCGUUUUUUGACUGUUUUCUGACCUUUGCACUUUAAAAGCGCAGUCAACAAAUUUAUGAGGAGUAAAAGCCAUCACUCAGGAGUCACUGCGAAUAAACACUGCUGCUGAAAAACUUCACGGUUAAAUUGUUAAACUGCUGUGCUUUUUAGUGCAUGAAGAAUUUAUGAACCAACAGCACAUAAUAUCUAUUUCUGUGCUCCAUAUCUGCAGGGGAUUUAUGAGUUUGUUCAAUGGCGGUGACUCAGCGAAUAUUUCCUCACGCUGAGACACAAAAGCCUUGAAAAAAACACUCUUUGACUCCGGGCACAGACUGGCGGUGUAAACACACCUGCUGAUUUCAACACAUUUCUGCUACAAGGUCUUAAAACUUUUCAUUCCAGAGCCAAAAAAAAAGGAAAAAAGUUGAUUUACUACUUUUCCUCUAACUUUCCAUGAAAUAUUUACACUCUUCUCUAAAAGUAUGAGCCCUCACAGACCUGUCAGUAUUGUAGUUUGUCUGCACCUCAUUAAAAAGAAGUCACGGAUGAUUCAACACUAUGACAGCAGUUGUUCCUCAUGAACUUCCUGACAAUAGCUUUUUGGAGGUGAACUCAGCACGAGCAAUCUUCACGUUAUAUUAUGAACCUCUAUUGACUGGUUUGCAAGGUGAAGGGUAAACGCUCUGUCAAACAGUCUGUGUGGUCUGACUCGGUUCUUUGUUAUCACAGGAAGUGCGAAAAGGAAUACACAAACUGUGAAUGCAGUCUGCGGGCUGUAGAGCUGAACAAAUGGUGAAUGUUCAAUAGCUGACCUGCUUCAUUGUACGCUGCUGGAGGUUUGGAUGGUCAGGCGGGAGAUAAAACCAGCUGACUGAGAGAGCGAACAAAGAUUCAGCCAAUCAAGCAGAACCAAAUUAUAGGUGAGAGUCCGAGGGAGGAAAACGUAACUGUGCAGGUGAGAGGAAUACAGGGUCAGGUGAUCAAGACACUGGAUAGUAGUAAAGCUUUUUUACACUAUGUCAUUAAAAUAUUGAAGAUAUUAAACGUGAUGUUGAAGACACAGCAGGCAGCCGAAUACCACUGACCAGGGGUGAGAGAAAAAAUAAUUCAUAUAAGUAUCGUUAUUUUUUGUUUUACAAUUUUUAAAAUCGAUUAUGUUCAAAAUCGAUUUUUUUGUUUGUUUGUUUUUCAAGUUUAAGAAUAAAUCUUAAAAACUGAUUUACAUGAAAUGUGUAUUUUUAGGGGAAAUAUGGUUCCUGGAAUAGUCAGUAUACAAUCAUUCAACUGCUUCACUGGUGUUAAAAAUGUAGACUAAAAUCGAGAAAAUCAACAAUAUUGUAGAGUCGCAAUUUAAAUCGAAUCAGCAUCCAAAAAAUCGUAGAAGAAUCGAAUUGGGAGAAAAGCAUAUUGUCCCAGCCCUACCAAUCACUCUUGAUCUGUCCACAUGAGGGCACCAAAAUCAACACAAACCAAAGUUCACACUGUUGCUUUGACAACCUGUUGCCCAACAAACUCAAACACAUGAUGGUCUAGUGUCUACAGACUUCAUUGGAUGGAAUACAGUCCCUAUACGGAUCACAGAUUCAUGUCAGGCUGCAUUAUAAGAACAUAUUUAAUCUGUAGUCAAAAAAAGCCUCCAGACUUCACCACAGGUAGCAGGAAGAUUUUCCCCCAGAGUGCAAUCUUGGUUUGCAGAGGUGAAAUCCCACUUCACGUCUGGCGGAUUCGCUCGGAAAUCAACAUUUAAUGAAUUCAUCUACCAAAAAACUGUAACACUUGUUUUCCUGGAGCUGCUACUUAUGAUGGAGCACAUCUCCUGCAGCCCAGGGUCUCAUGAAUACUCAGUUCACUCAGAGCCUGUUGACAAGGUCGUGUUAUCUCAAGCCUUAGCUCUACAGACUACUUAUUCCCCCACCCUGUUUCUCCCUCCUGAAAGGUUCCUCCCAAAGCAUAAAACACAAGUAAUGCCCCAAACAAACCAGUCACAGGCUCAACUUUAGGCUGUGAAAAACAGGCAAAUUGUGUCGAUUAGUUCACUUGUUGGUUUUGGGAGGAGUUUUGGAGCCCAGCCGCCACAUUGGAAAUGCUGUCUUUUGGUUAGCUGCAAUCUUUUGCCAUCAGAAUGAUUCAAGAUAAGAUGGAUUUGGACCAGAAUGUUUUAGUUUCUGAUGCAUUCAGAUGUGGAAAUUCACUGUGAGGACAUCCAUCUCGGGCUUUAUUGAAAAAUUCAUGUUGGUUUUUUUUCGGCCCCUUGCAACACAUUUCUCUUUCAGCUGAACCAUAAAGUACUACAAAUGUGAAGAUUAUGGUGCUGACAAGAGCCGCUCACAAAGCUUCAAUACAUUACAAAGGUUCAAGAAAUGGUGACAGAAAAUAGAUAGAGGAUUAGAGGAUCAGACUACCUAAAAACUAACAUUAAAAAAUCAUCACACCCAGACAGACCAAUAAAUUCACACCAAAUAUUUCAUUAAUAGUCCAAUAAAUUAGUAAAAGCCUGUGUGCAAAAUGUAGGGUCUAUCUCGCCUUGUUUAAAAUGCAUACUGCAGAAGGGAAUGUAUCGGGUCGUCAGUGAUGUUAACUGCUUUCUCACUUGAAAAUUAUUAGGCACUGUACUAGGGUGUCAAUAACUUGGGUUUGGUCUAAACCCAUUAAUUUCCACAGCCCACCUAUAGUGAUCGUCAUGUUAGAAAUGCUGAUCCUAAUUAAUUUACAGCUGAUCUGGAAACCAGCAGAGACCCUAACCCUAUGCACAACUCUUAGGACAUAUUGAGUACUAAAUCAAUGUACAUGCCCUCAAGCAGAGGUGAGGUUCCUCCAUCCAAGAGAGACCACAGCAGAGUAGUGGGGGACUAUAUAGGGAAGGGAAGCAUGGUGUCAUGAUAAAUGUAAUCAUUGUUUUUCUCUGUUCGAGAUUAUUGAAGGGUAAAGAAAGACAGCUUAUGAGAAAUGACUGUAAUCUUGACAUAUCCAAAGAAGAGUGAUAAAAAAUUCUCCUCCAGUGCUGCUGUCAUAAUGACUGAAACAACCAGUCUGCAAACAUCUUCUACUCUACUCUAAAAUGGGCAUUUUAAAUAUGGGCCCUGGUGGGUUUCCUAGACUCUUAGUGCCUCAAGUGGACACUCGGCUGAACUGCAGCUUUCUGCACUUCAUCCCUGAAUUUCUCUUUCAACACUAGAAGGUAUCACCAAGAUCCUGCACAUCUGGUUUAAAAUAAUUUUUGCAGAAUUUUACCUGGAUUAGCCACAUCAUAAAGCCGAAAAGUCCCCAGUGAAUGCUCAGUACCUCAUGUCACUCUCACAACGGACCAGGAUACACAGAGAGCAAGCUACCCUGGUUUUAUUUUCUGGUUCUCUGACUGCAUAUCCAGCAAAGCCAAAACUCUGACAAAUGUAUUCUCGUCCAUUACUGUCUCUGCACUCUAGCUGUCAAACCACUUUCUCUAUUCACACUGCAGUCUGGUUGUUGGUUUGAAAUUGAAAAAAAUAGAGAAUUGAUGUCGAAGCUUAAAUAACCUGAACAUCUAAUAGAAGAGCCACCAACUUUGCAGCAGCAAUGAGUCACCCUCUAAAGUCAAAGCUUUUAAGGAAAAAAUGCAUAUACGUCUUCAUGUAUUUCUACUUUGCAGUAAACUGAGCAACCAGCAACAAGCCAACAUUUCCCAGCUCUUUCUGGGAGACCCUCAGGCGUUCCCACACAAGGAGAGAUAUUUUAUUCAUCCACAGUACUCUUAGUCUUCCUCAGGGUCUCUUACAAGUUAGUCGUGACCAGCAAUCCUCCACAGGAAGACGCCUGGGAGGCAUCCAGAUCAGAUGCUCACCGACCUUGACUAGCAUCUUACAACGUGAGGGAGCAGCUGCUCUGUUCUUUAGUCGCUCCUGAGAUGUUGUAGCGCUCCUUCACAUUAACACAGCCUAAUACAACAGUCCUGCGAUAAAUCCUCACUUCACGAGGGUCAAAUGUUCACUUCUUCAUGAAAUCGUUUCAUGGAGGUGAUACAUCAACUUUAUGGUCAUUUCGGAGCCCUGCAGUUUGCGGUGCUAAUGAUUUCUAUGUCACCCGACUGGUGUGUUUCUAAUAUCUAGUCCCCCCUGUUUAUGUAGAUGGUGUGAAAUUAUAAUUGCAAACACACAUCACCUUUAUGAAGCAUGGAUUUAUUGCCGGGUUGUUGUAUGAGACCCCAUCAAUUUCAUGCUAAUUGUUCCCAAUAAGCUUGCAACUCUGUGCACCAUCUAGAGGGCUGACAGGGAUAAAUAUGAAGCUAGCAAACCACCUGACAGGCAGCACUCACACACAGCAUCAGCAGAGGAACAGUAGACCAUGAGGAGCUGUGAUAUAACUCAUUAAAAUAAUCACUCUUAUGUCUGUCUGAGAGUAAACUCUAGGUACUACCCUGCCUCUGUGUACUGCAUUUCCAUUAAAGCAUGUACUGCAACACAAUAAUAAUGUUUAAAAAUCAAUUUUCUACCUCCCAAAAUAAAGAUUAGAGUCUCCAACAGAAAUGAGCAUGAAGCACCAGAGACAGAAGCAGCAACUAAUUAUAUUCAGCCAAAAAAAAAGCAAUGUAGCCCAUUAUAAGCAUGACAACAAACUUCUAUAAAAGCAGCAAUGACUCAGGAACAGCAGCAGCAUGACAGGACAAUUAGCAUAAUUACCAGAAGUAAGCUUCAGAGAGCAAUAAAACACACAAACAAUGACUUAACUGAGCAAAAACACACAAAACACCUACCUGAGAUGAGUCAGCAGAUUUAAGCUAACUUACCUUCCAGGCUGUAGUGGAGCUGGUAGGUUAAUCCCUGCGAUAAACUGCGAUGUAAACGCUGAUAUUUCACCUGAAACUUCCUCUGAAGGCGGUUUGAACUGUUAAUUUUGAUAUUUUAAAAGUUUGAAGAGCAAAAAUACGUUGAAAUGAGUGUUUGUAUCACUGCUAGCCGACACAACAGCACAACUUUAGCAAGUUAGCAAAGUAAUAACGGUCGAGCGGCACCAACGGUUUUUUUUAUACGGGGGCGGGGCUGAUUGCGGAGGGAGCGCUUGAUUUAUGAGCCAGAUAGAACGGGCGGUCACGUGAUGCCGUCUGACUGAACCGGUCAGUAACAAACAAUCGCGAGACUUGAACCAAAAACCCUCGAGAACAGAAGGGUUUGAUUCAUGGAUAAUCUCAUGCAAAACAGCAACACUCUUUUUGUUGGUAAACCUGCGAGAUAUUAAUCAUUUAUUGAUUUGUUUAUUUGAUUUAUGUUAAUUUUAACUGUUUUUUUUAUUAAUGAGAUUGUUAUUUCAAAGUUACGCUAUAACUUUGUAACAAAAAAUAUUUAUGCUGUUCUACUGAAUUAACAAAUAACUUUCUUGUUAAUUCAGGAUUAAAGAGUUGUUUGUUUUUUCAUGUUAAUACAAUAAGCUGCUGUAUUAAACGGUGUAGUUCCUUGUAAUUAUUCAUAAAACACUGUAAGUUUGUUCGUUUUCUGGUUUUUAAUGUGUUAUGAUUUUCCUUUUCAGUAAUUUUCUUCAUUAGGAUUUGAGACAGACAGCACAGUGGUGUAGUGGUUAGCGCUGUCCCCUCACAGCAAGAAGGUCCUGGGUUCAAAUCCGGGUCAGGGGCGUUUCUGUGUGGAGUUCGCAUGUUCUCCCUGUGUCUGCGUGGGUUAACUUCGGGUACUCUGGUUUCCUCCCACAUCCCAAAAACCAUGUAGAAGUGGGGUUAUGUUAAUUGGCCACUUUUAAAUUGCCCGUAGGUGUGAAUAUGAGCGUGGAUGGUUGUUUGCUGGGAUAGGCUCCAGCCCCCCUGCGACCCUGGGAACGGGAAUAAACGGUAGAAAAUGGAUGUAUGGAUUUCAGACAGAUUAUGCAGCUUAGUGUUGUGCAAUUGUAAUUAAAGACAUUAUGUCUGUUAUGUUAUUGUUACUCAUACAAAUGUGGCAGCUUGGCAGUAUUUAUUUGAGAUGUUUUGGACAUUAUGUGCUCUAUUCUAAAAUAUUCUAUUGUGAAUGUUUGGGUUUAACCAUCUAUAAUGUGAUGUGAUAUGACAUAAUACACCUGUUUAAUCUAGAAACUGCAAGGAGCUGCUCUUUAGAGACCUUCUUUGAGAGCUGACUCAUUAUGUUAACCUCAAAUAGCCAUUAUAUACCAUCAACUCUACUUAUUAAUGUACUUGUAGCACCGCAAUUACACUUUACUCAUAAGCCCAGAUCUAACACCUCAGACUGGAACCACUAUCCUUUACUACUCACAAGAUACGACAACAAAAACUAACUUUAACUAUUUAUUUGUCAGUUUAAGUCAUUCAUCCAGCAAACAUACCCAAAAUACACUUGUUAUAGUUUCCCAAAUGAGAAGAUUAAUUCAUUUUAUUGGUGGUGCAACGUGAAUUGUGAAGACAAGACCCCAGGCUGGAGAAAAAUAUUCAUAAUAUAAUAAUAUUCUUAAGUUUUAGCUGAGGUUUGGCAUCUCAUACAACUUUGAUGUGAACUGACACGCGCUGAAACUCUCUGAGGAGCCUCAUCCUUUGCAUAUCCUCGCUUUUUGGUUGAUUUUAUGGUUAGAAUAUUAACUUGAAUUUCUACAAUGCUUGUUUUUUUAUACAUGUUGCAUAUGUUUUGUUUCCAGGACACCAUGUUGGAGCUCUUUUGUGAUGCAGUAGCAGCAUCAGCGCGGCAGGGCAAAGGUCUGGUGAUCAGCGGCUUCCCAAGAGACCUGAGACGGGCAGAGGAGUACGAGGCCAAGGUUAGAGCGGCGUCUAGUCUGACUGACAGACAUGCCAGACAUGUGGUCAGGAGCAUGAAUAAAAGAAGAGACAGUAGACACAGCUCUUAGUCAAAAAUUCAGAACCAUAUCAGCUGGACUUGUUGGUGAAAUUUGUGUCUUAUGUGUCAGAUGGGAGAGCCCAGUGCAGUCCUCCUGUUGACCUGCUCGGUAGACACCAUGUCCAGCCGCCUGCAGUGCCGCAGCAGGUCCACCUCCAGCUUCCAUUCGGCCUCAGACCGAGACGACGACCUGCUCAGGAGGGCCGAGAGCUUCUGCAGCGACAGCCAGGCGGUGGCAACUCACUAUGAACGCAAGAAACUUCUGCAUACGGUGAGCUUGAUUUCCUAUUAGGAUGAAAAAUUAUCAAGGCCUUUGCACAUAUAAUUAUUCACAUAUUACUCUGCAUAUUACAUAUUACUUUUUUCUUCUGCUUAAACAAGUGGCAUAAAAUUGCAAAGUAUAAGUAAUUGGGGUUAAUAAUGUCCUAAAAUGAGAUGUUUAAACAUUUCAAUUCAAAUUCAACUUUAUUUUAAUGGCACUUUUUCAGACUAAAAAAAAGUACUUCAAAGUGCCUCACAGAGGCUAAAAAAACAAUUAAACAACAAUAAAACCCGACCCUCCCACCCACACACCCACCCAUGGACCCACACACACACACACACACAAAGACACACACCCACCCUCAGUCAUCCACACACACACACAAACAAGCGCACACAGAGUGAGAAUUUAAGAUAUAUUGUUAGAGAGACAUGGCCUGACACCGAGACGCUGCGUGAGGGAAGAGCUACCUUUGGGAAACACUUGAGAUGAAAAGAUUUAACAAAAAAAGAUAAAAAACGGUAACAAGAAAGGCUUAAACCUGAUGGACAAAAACAAGAAAAUUAUAUUAAAUGAACAGAUAAGUAAGAGCUCUUUACCAUGUAAGAGGGGUAAAAGAAUUAAGGAAUUAAAGGAAUUAAAAAGAAUUAAAGGAAUUAAGAAAAAGACUAAGAACAGAAAUAAUAAAAUGACAUAAACAUGAAGAACUUUGAUUAAAAUGAACAUUUGCAGUAAGAGAAAUAUAAAAAGGCAGUUAGUGAAUUGCCUGGUUAUAAAGGAGAGUUUGAGCCUCUUCUUAAAAACAUCAACAGUCUCUGCGGCCCUGAGGCUCCACUGGGGACCAUAGGAACUGAAAGCUACCUCCCGUGUAUUUUUGUUUUAACUUUGGGUAUGGUUAAAAGGCCUGUGCUAGAGGACCUCAGGGUCUGCGAGGGUUGUUAUGAUAAAAGUUAGUCAGAUAAAUAGGAGUGGCCAAGACCAUUAAUACAUCUAAAAACUAAUAAAAGAACCUUAAAAUCCAUCCUGAAACGGACAGAGAGCCAAUGCAGCAAUGCUAAAACUGGGGUUUUAUGCUCUCGCCCUUUGGCCCCCGUCAGCACUCUUGCAGCUGAAUUCUGUAAAAGCUGAAGGGUAUGGAAGUUCUUCUUGGGGAGGCCAGGUUCUUUAUUGUGUGUAUGUUAAAGCCACCACUGGUACAGAGGCCAUGUGUCUUUGCAUACAGAGGUUACACUACAGCAGACUGCUGUCCUCACCUGCAAACUAACCCUCCAAAUGCUGCAGAAAGACUUAAACUGAGUCCAUUUGUCCGUCUGCAGAUUGACGCCGAGCAGUCACCAGAUGAAGUGUUCUCCCAGAUUUGCCUCACCAUGGAGAACUUCUGAUUCCAACAACAACAACAACAUCUCCAGCCCUGAUUCUCUGCUGUCCAGGAGCUCCACCUGUGAAGACUUCUCUUUCUCUCUCUAUCUGAAGGAGACUCACCCACCUCCCCUUACACCUGCACCACACACACACACACACACACACACACACACACACACACACACACACACACACACGCUCAUUGAACUCCAGUGAUCUGCAUGCCCCCAAACACUCCCAGCUGGCGGUGAAACCUCUCCCUGCUUUAAACACCGAUGAAGCGCCUGGUUGUCACAUUCUGCUUCACCCACUCGCAUCGUCUCUCUCUUGCAUCGACCUCGAUAUACGCUGUCAGCUGCCCAGCCGAGGCGGUCAACUGUACUGAGAAACCCGGCGUUCCUGCUGUGACUGAGAGCAUGUUUCAAGUCUGAGGGAGAGGAAAGGUUCCCCCCCACGCAGGGAAGUGGAAAUGUCAGUGUGUGUGCAUGUGUGUGUGUGCUCAUGCUCUCAUGCACAGCGUCGUGUUUUAUAUUGUGACAAGCAUGCAAGAAUUACAAUCAAAGCUUAACUGCCUUUUGUGCAUUGAUUAAAAAAAAGCAGAAAAAGAUUUUCAAGUGUUGAAGAAUUUGGCAUUUGUAUGUUUCUGAGCUCAUCGUACAAGUGCUUGUUUUCAGUCUGGUAUUUAACAUUCAAUAAAGCCAGUGCAUUUGCUAAAAGGAGGA